CAAUGUCUAUGCUGCUUCAAGGAGUACAAGCACCUGGAGGUGUUCAACCAGCUGGUCUACGCCCUCAUCAACCUGGUCAUCGCCCAGGUCACCAGCCUGAGGGAGCGCCUCUGCAGCACCACUAGCCAACGGGGCGCCACCGACACCGGGGACGGGGCCACAGGUGGAGCAGAGGGGCCGGGGACAGAAUGGGGGGGGGGUGGAGGGGGUGGAGUAACUGGAGCAGGACCACACCCCCAGCAACCGCCCUCCUCGCCUGGCGAGGACGAGCCGCUGAACGUGGAGCGGGACUCGGCAGAGGAGGACACCGCCGGGGGCGCUUCGGAGCAGAACCAGAAUAACAACAACCAGAACCCAGUCCAGGGGACCAGCCAGGCCCAGCAGGAGGCCCCCAAGCCAGGGGAAAGUAGUAGUGGUAUUGGGGAGUCUGAGGCUGGAGCUAGCAGCAGUACGGACAGCCAGGCCCAGGAGGACCUGUUUGACUCGUGGAGUACGGAGGACCGGGAGAAGCUGCUGCUCUGCGCCGCCAAGAUCUUCCAGAUCCAGUUCCCCUUGUACACGGCUUACAAACACAACACACACCCCACCAUAGAGGUAAUGGAAUGACACACUCUGAUACAACACAAUACAUAUACACACCCCACUAUAGAGGUAAUAGCAUAACAUGUUUCCCCCGACACAACACCCACCCCACCAUAGCAGUAAUGGUAUAAUAUGUACCGCUGACACAACACACACUGCACCAUAGAGGUAAAAGCAUAACAUGUACCCAUACACACAACUCAAUUAUGGAUUCAGUAUAUCAGAUUGUAUUUAUCUCCAUGGUGUACUUAAUACUUGACAAUUACUUUGGUGUUCUCCUGUUCUAAAAUGUUCUCUAACAUUUCUCAGUAUAUAAUAUACUCGUCAAACUUACUUUGUUUCCUUUUCCAGGACAUCUCUGCUCAUGAAAGCAAUAUCCUCGGCUCCUUCUGCGACAUGAACGUAAGAACGCCUCCGCCCUCUCUUUGUUUUACGACUCCAUGUUUCGUCCAAAACACUACUCAAUCUGCCUGAUUGUCACUUGGGUCGGUUCCAACUCUUUACAGCAACGUCUGUGUCCUCCCAAAUGGCACCCUAUUCCCUUUACAGUGCACUACUUUGACCCGGGCCCGUAUGGCUCUGGUCAAAAGUACUGCACUAUAUAGGGAAUAGGGUGCCAUUUGGUACGUAUCUUACGUCAUCCAGUCCUUUGAAGCAAAGGCCCAUGUCUUAAUGUCUGGUCUGCCUGUUUGACCAAUCGCCAAUCUCCUCCUAGUCCCCUCUCCUCUUCCUGUGGUCAUGUUACUCAUAUCAAUGAUUUAUGAAUCUUGGUCUAUUUAUUUUUAUUGGGAAGCUGCACAAAAUGGAUGCCUAGAGCCCACACUGUGUCCCAUUUAGGACUGGGUAGGGGAGCUCUGAUCUGUCCCGGUGUGUGGCCUCCGUGCCUGUUGACCUCCCUACAACGCCUGGGCAUGCUCCUGAUGAGGUGGCGGAUGGUCUCCUGAGGGAUCUCCUCUCAGACCUGGACUAAAGCAUCCGCCAACUCCUGGACAGUCUGUGGUGCAACGUGGCGUUGGUGGAUGGAGCGAGACAUGAUGUCCCAGAUGUGCUCAAUUGGAUUCAGGUCUGGGGAACGGGCGGGCCAGUCCAUAGCAUCAAUGCCUUCCUCUUGCAGGAACUACUGACACACUCCAGCCACAUGAGGUCUAGCAUUGUCUUGCAUUAGGAGGAACCCAGGGCCAACCGCACCAGCAUAUGGUCUCACAAGGGGUCUGAGGAUCUCAUCUCAGUACCUAAUGGCAGUCAGGCUACCUCUGGCGAGCACAUGGAGGGCUGUGCGGCCCCCCAAAGAAAUGCCACCCCACACCAUGACUGACCCACCGCCAAACCGGUCAUGCUGGAGGAUGUUGCAGGCAGCAGAAUGUUCUCCACGGCGUCUCCAGACUCUGUCAUGUCUGUCACAUGUGCUCAGUGUGAACCUGCUUUCAUCUGUGAAGAGCACAGGGCGCCAGUGGCGAAUUUGCCAAUCUUGGUGUUCUCUGGCAAAUGCCAAACGUCCUGCACGGUGUUGGGCUGUAAGCACAACCCCCACCUGUGCACGUCGGCCCUCAUACCACCCUCAUGGAGUCUGUUUCUGACCGUUUGAACAGACACAUGCACAUUUGUGGCCUGCUGGAGGUCAUUUUGCAGGGCUCUGGCAGUGCUCCUCCUGCUCCUCCUUGCACAAAGGCGAAGGUAGCAGUCCUGCUGCUGGGUUGUUGCCCUCCUACGGCCUCCUCCACGUCUCCUGAUGUACUGGCCUGUCUCCUGGUAGCGCCUCCAUGCUCUGGACACUACGCUGACAGACACAGCAAACCUUCUUGCCACAGUUCGCAUUGAUGUGCCAUCCUGGAUGAGCUGCACUACCUGAGCCACUUGUGUGGGUUGUAGACUCAGUCUCAUGCUACCACUAGAGUGAAAGCACCGCCAGCAUUCAAAAGUGACCAAAACAUCAGCCAGGAAGCAUAGGAACUGAGAAGUGGUCUGUGGUCACCACCUGCAAAACCAGUCCUUUAUUGGGGGUGUCUUGCUAAUUGCCUAUAAUUUCCACCUGUUGUCUAUUCCAUUUGCACAACAGCAUGUGACAUGUAUUGUCAAUCAGUGUUGCUUCCUAAGUGGACAGUUUGAUUUCACAGAAGUGUGAUUGACUUGGAGUUACAUUGUGUUGUUUAAGUGUUCCCUUUAUUUUUUUGAGCAGUGUAUAUUAAUUGCAAUUUCAGAUAUUUUCUAGCGUGUGUCCACUAUAUAGCCUAGUAGGACCUAUUAGUGCAAAGCAUUUGAACAAGCAGUGUGGGUCAAGUGUCAUGUCCUCACCACCUUGACUUCUCUCUCUCCCCUACAGUAUCGGAUGCAGACAGCACUGAGGGCCUACAGCUGAAGAAGGAGCAUGCGUUACGAGUCUUCAGCUACAUCAGCUCAUGGUCCCAGAGGUCAGUCUCCCACUCUCCUCUGUUCCCCGCAUACAUUAUUAUUCCAUGGAUUCAUCCCAAAUGGAACCCUAUUCCCUAUUUAGUGUACUACUUUUGACCAGGUGCACUUAUUUUGACCACUAUGUAGGGGAAAGGGUUUCAUUUGGAAAAAGGGCAGGAUAUCCGCUAGCUCUAUCUGAAGCCAUUAUCAGCCAUGAAUUCAUCAUGUAUUACUAGCGCUAACGGCUAACCAAUGUGUUUUAGGUGUAGCUUAGCAUGUAGGCUAGCUAAGGUCACUGGAGGACAAGUGGGUCAUAAAUAAUAGGUUUUACGCCUCGCUUAGUGGUGUUUUUAUUGUUGUUUAACUAGCUGUGUUUGUGUGUGCGCGUGCGUGCCUGCGCAGAAUAGAGCCUUGAGGAAUUGUUGACCUUUCGGAGUUGUUCUCCCACUCUCAGUGAGAUCAGGCAAAAAUGCUGACUGAUCUGGGAAAGUUGACUGGAAGCAUUCCUCUAGUUUUGCAUUCUUAGUGGGAUCUGUCAUUUGUGUGGAUCCUUCAUUUGUGUGGAUCCUUCAUUUGUGUGGAUCCUUCAUUUGUGUGGAUCCUUCAUUUGUGUGGUAUCCUUAAUUUGUGUGGUAUUCUUCAUGUGUGUUAAUUGGUUGCUGUCUUAUCAAAAUACACGGUGGGAAAAUAAUAUCUAAAAUAGGAUGGUCAGUAAUAUAGUCACAUAGGCGUUUUACCUUACGUUAAUGUCACAAGAAACGGAAUUCAUGAGAACAGAGCUCAAAAUAGAUCAAGGGCUGUAUUCAAUCAAAUCCUCCAUAAACAAUGCGUAUUCUGCAUCUUUGUUAAUACAACUACAGCCCACUCACAUGUCUUAAUCAGAAAGACAGAAAACUGUACCUAAAACUAGUUCUAUGCUUUAUUCGCUUCAAUGCACGUUUGAUUGAAUUGAGCCCAUAGAUGAUUCUCUAAAGAUAGCUGGUUGUUGAGGCAGAAGCUACAGUCCACUGCAGUGUGGACCGUGCGUUGCCUUUUUAUGGUUUCCAAAUGUUUUGAUGCCUUGACCAUCCAAAUCGAAUGAGUCAGUCUCGAACCGCGACCCCAGUAGGAGUUGACUGCAACUCACUGGUGGGUCUCCCUGAUCCGCAAUUCACUCAAUCGCUCUCACCACCCCUCCUUUCCCUCCACAGGCAAUGUCUAUGCUGCUUCAAGGAGUACAAGCACCUGGAGGUGUUCAACCAGCUGGUCUACGCCCUCAUCAACCUGGUCAUCGCCCAGGUCACCAGCCUGAGGGACCGCCUCUGUAGCACCACCAGCCAACGGGGCGCCGCCGACACCGGGGACGGGGCCACAGAUGGAGCAGAGGGGCCGGGGACAGAAUGGGGGGGAGAUGGAGGGGGUGGAGUAACUGGAGGAGGACCGCACCCCCAGCAACCGCCCUCCUCGCCUGGCGAGGACGAGCCGCUGAACGUGGAGAGGGACUCAGCAGAGGAGGACACCGCCGGGGGCGCUUCGGAGCAGAACCAGAAUAACAACAACCAGAACCCAGUCCAGGGGACCAGCCAGGCCCAGCAGGAGGCCCCCAAGCCAGGGGAAAGUAGUAGUGGUAUUGGGGCGUCUGAGGCUGGAGCUAGCAGCAGUACGGACAGCCAGGCCCAGGAGGACCUGUUUGACUCGUGGAGUACGGAGGACCGGGAGAAGCUGCUGCUCUGCGCCGCCAAGAUCUUCCAGAUCCAGUUCCCCUUGUACACGGCUUACAAGCACAACACACACCCCACCAUAGAGGUAAUGGAAUGACACACCCGGAUACAACACAAUACAUAUACACACCUCACUAUAGAGUUAAUAGCAUAACAUGUUUCCCCCGACACAACACCCACCCCACCAUAGCAGUAAUGGUAUAAUAUGUACCGCCGACACAACACCCACCCCACCAUAGCAGUAAUGGUAUAAUAUGUACCGCCGACACAACACACACUGCACCAUAGAGGUAAAAGCAUAACAUGUACCCAUACACACAACUCAAUUAUGGAUUCAGUAUAUCAGAUUGUAUUUAUCUCCAUGGUGUACUUAAUACUUGACAAUUACUUUGGUGUUCUCCUGUUCUAAAAUGUUCUCUAACAUUUCUCAGUAUGUAAUAUACUCGUCAUACUUAUUACUUUGGUUCCUUUUCCAGGACAUCUCUGCUCACGAAAGCAAUAUCCUCGGCUCCUUCUGCGACAUGAACGUAAGAACGCCUCCGCCCUCUCUUUGUUUUUACGACUCCACUGUUUCGUCCAAAAACACUACUCAAUCUGCCUGAUUGUCACUUUGGGUCGGUUCCAACUCUUUACAGCAACAUCUGCGUCUCCCAAAUGGCACCCUAUUCCCUUUACAGUGCACUACUUUUGACCCGGGCCCGUAUGGCUCUGGUCAAAAGUACUGCACUAUAUAGGGAAUAGGGUGCCAUUUGGUACAUAUCCUACGUCAUCCAGUCCUUUGAAGUAAAGGCCCAUGUCUUAAUGUCUGGUCUGCCUGUUUGACCAAUCGCCAAUCUCCUCCUAGUCCCCUCUCUCCUGUGGUCAUGUUACUCAUAUCAAUGAUUUAUGACAUAUUGGGUCUAUUUAUAUUUUAUUGGGAAGCUGCACGAAAAGUGGCAUGCCUAGAGUCCAGCAGCUGUGUCCCAUUUAGGACUGGGUGAGUAGGGAGGCAGGACUCUCUGAUCACUGUUCCCAGGUUGUUUUAAUGGGUUUUCACUCGAGGAGGUUUGGUGUAGUUUUGGUUAACGAUAGGUCCUAGAACUGUUCUCCCUCAGGGGUCCAAUUACAAAUGUUUCCUUUAGGACCUGGGGAGACAGAGGGAGAGGGCUCUCUAAACACUGAUCCCAGGUCCCUCUUGUGGCUUUUCACUUUUGGAGGUGAAAUCCACAAGGGGUCCAACUACAAAUGGCUGUCAGGGUGUGCUCAAUGCUAUGGUAGCCAAUAUCAACCAAGGUACAUGGCUACAUUUGAUAUAUCUGGCAGUGGCAAACUGUCUUCUAAAGUGUAUUAAUAGUUCUACAUGGGUCUUUUGAGGUACCGUACCAGUCAAAAGUUUGGACACAUCUACUCAUUCAAGGGUUUUUCUUUAUUUUUUACUAUUUUCUACAUUGUAGAAUAAUAGUGAAGACAUCAAAACUAUGAAAUAACACAUGGAAUCAUGUAGUAACCCAUGUAGAAAAUAGUAAAAGUUAAGAAAAAGUAGGUGUGUCCAGACUUUUGACUGGUACUGUAUGUCAGGCCAACGUGCACAUGAGGUGUGAAAUGUGUCUGCAGAAUAGUUGAGUUUUUAUUAAAUUGAGGCUCAUUUCCACCUCCAAGUGCUGUCGAUCUUUCCCCAGAGUACAAUAGUCUGUUUCAGUCUAAUUUAAUAACUCUAGCUCAUACCUCUCCACAAUAUUAAACAUUUUUAAUGGGCUUUUAAUGGAUAUUUCUAGGGGACAAAGUUGUCUGCAUACUCUGUCCCGAAUAGUCUGCAAAAAAGCCAUACUCUCUUCUCCUUCAUCUGCGCUGUGAAAGAACUAGAUGAGUGAAAGCAAAUUCACACUAUCCAUCCACCAUUUUGCUUUCACCUAUAGUUCAGAUAAACCAAAAGGAACCACUUGAAACCAUUGAGUUGCACAAAUCACGCUAGUCUCUUCCACUAUGAUGUGUGAUAUGAAGCCGAAGUCAGUUUUCCAUUUCCGUGUGGACAAUAAAGUUGUAUUGACAUUGUUUUUCCCUGUGACCAGGAUGUGGAGGUCCCUUUACACUUGCUGCGCUACGUGUGCCUGUUCUGUGGCAAGCACGGUCUGUCGCUCAUGAAGGACUGCUUUGAGUCAGGCACGCCGGAGAGCCUGCCCUUCCCCAUCGCCCACGCCUUCAUCACCAUCGUCUCCAAUGUGAGUAGGAGUUGAGCCCAAUAUGGCAACCCAACCGCCCAGUAUGGCACCACAACCCAUCCGGCAGGUGUCCAAUAAUGCAAUCCAGCCACCCAACAUUGCAGCCCAACCCAGUCGCCCAAUAUAUAUCCACCCAAUCCUGGAUAUAUUUACCACUACCUCCAGAUGCUGUUUCGUCUCCGUCUCCAGAGCCAGAUAUAUGCAGAUGUUCUUGAAGCAGUUUAAGUUUUCUAUGUUAUAGCACAGCUGUUUGAUUUGUAAAUGCUCUCUCCGUCAGUAAUCGCAGUGAAUAAUCAGUUGUCAGUCAGCUCUGUUAGUGGCAUCCAUUUUUUAGGUUUUCCACUGCUUCUCACACAUCUCAAGGGAUGUCAGUCUGAUUCCAAUUUGUUCUCUCCACAUACACAGAUCCGAAUAUGGUUGCACAUUCCCGCCGUCAUGCAGCACAUCAUACCGUUCCGCACGUAUGUAAUACGGUAAGUUCACAAUCUCCAUAUCAAUGAGGAUAAUUCAGUCUUCAUCAGUGUCUCACCACCAGUAGGUUUUCACUAGUGCCUUGAAAUCCCUAAUUAGGCAUGUAUCAAUACAGAUUGAAUCACAAAUAAUGUAUUGAAUAAAAUGGUUAAUGUUAGUCAUGAUGUUUUCCCCAUAUCAAAUACAGCUCUAAACAAUAUGGCAUUCCAUACUGCUGUUCAGUGCCUUUUUUCAGCAGUCAUGGUAAGAGAAUAAGAAAAUGGGGCAGAGAGAGGAGAGUUGCUGUUGCAGUCGGAGCUCCUCUCGUCGGAAAUGGCCCGAGGGGCUGUUUGAAAUGCAUAUUGUAUUUGGAUACACAGUGCUGUGUUGUUCAACUCGCCAGCCACUUUCCAACACACAAUCAAAUGCACUUGAUAGAGAUGCUCCCCUGAAUAUUGGAUGUAGUAUUAGGGGGACAUUAUGCAAAUGGUGAUAUCCAACAUAUUGGCAGUUGAUUGGCAUAAAUGAAGGAUGAAUUUAGUGGAUUCUCUUACAAAGCAUAUUUUUGUAUUUGAGUUGAAUUUCAAAAUUAAAAGAGAGACUUGACUGUAUAUGUUUUUUCUGCCUGGAAAGCAAUUGCAGCUGAGAGCCCUCAGUCAGUGUAGUGUGCUUCACUCUUGCAGUGCCACUAACUGGUGUUGCUAGGAAGAGCUUCCCUCACCAUGGCAACAGUGGCCAGUGCUCCAGUCAGCUUCUCCUCACAUGACCUUGGUGCAGCCAGACAGCUCGCAGGCCUCGCCGCACCUCUGUCAUGUGACCUGGGUGGGCUGGAUUAAUUGGUUCUGAUGGAUUAACUCAUUUUGAUCCUCUGUCUAAGAAGAAUGAUGAAAUGUGACUUAUUGACUCCAGUGCCAUGCACUACCUUAUAGAGUAUUACUCCUGAAUUUAGCAAAAUGUUUGUUUUCUCAGAAGUUAUUAAAAAGAUACAUACUGUAUUUUAUUGAUCAUAGAGACCGUAGAUUCUCAUUGUAGCCAACUGUUGUCAUGGUUUUUCUCAGUUUAUCAAAGUGCUUCUAAUCUGAGUGUUGUAGCCAGCCUCUAGAUGCCACAUUCUUAGUCCUGACUGUUUAGUCCCGUUUGUCCAGUCGUUAUGUCCAACCUGUCUACCAUGUCUUCUCCAGCAGCACUCUUGAGAGAACCUGACAAAGCGACUUCAACUUUAAAACGAAAUAAAACAAAUACAAGUAUUUCCUAACGAAGGGACUUCCUGGUUUAAGUCAAGUUAACUAAAUUCACGAAUAAAUGUAUUUCCACUAAAUGUGUCCCUCCCCAGGUACCUGUGCAAGCUGUCGGACCAGGAGCUGCGUCAGAGCGCGGCGCGCAACAUGGCCGACCUGAUGUGGAGCACGGUGAAGGAGCCGCUGGACAGCGCGCUGUGCUUCGACAAGGAGAGCCUGGACCUGGCCUUCAAGUACUUCAUGUCCCCCACGCUCACAAUGAGGCUGGCCGGCCUCAGCCAAAUCACGGUGAGAAUCACUCAUACACGUGCACACAGAGACGCAUGCACCCACUCUCACACACUGCUGUGUUGCUUGCUCUUUGGGAGUCUAGGCCGGGAUACUGUGAAGUACAUUGUGACAGCUGGUUUGUUUUUGACACCGACACACUUUGACUUGUAUACUUUAUUAAAGCUCCACUAGGACUUCCAGUUUAAUGGAACUAAGACUUUUACACUAGGGUCAAUGACUCGAUAAAUGAAGUAUACUGGUGUGUACAUACAUAAUUCAUUGUCAUUGUGCCAAUUAAAUGUUUAUUCUCGUUUUCUCCCCACAGAAUCAGCUCCACACCUUCAACGACGUCUGUAAUAACGAGUCUCUGGUGUCCGACACCGAAACGUAAGUCUAUUGAGUUGGUUUUACAAUGAAACGUAAGUCAAUUGAGUUGGUUUUAAAACGUAAGUCAAUUGAGUUGGUUUUACAAUGAAACGUACAGUGAGUAAAAAAAGUAUUGAUCCCCUGCUGAUUUUGUACGUUUGCCCACUGACAAAGACAUAAUAGUCUAUAAUUUUAAUGGUAGGUUUAUUUGAACAGUGAGAGACAGAAUAACAACAACAAAAUCAAGAAAAGCGCAUGUCAAAAAUGUUAUAAAUUGAUUUGCAUUUUAAUGAGGGAAAUAAAUAUUUGACCCCUCUGCAAAACAUGACUUAGUACUUGGUGGCAAAACCCUUGUUGGCAAUCACAGAGGUCAGACGUUUCUUGUAGUUGGUCACCAGGUUUGCACACAUCUCAGGAGGGAUUUUGUCCCGCUCCUCUUUGCAGAUCUUCUCCAAGUCAUUGAGGUUUUGAGGCUGACGUUUGGCAACUCGAACCUUCAGCUCCCUCCACAGAGUUUCUAUGGGAUUAAGGUCUGGAGACUGGCUAGGCCACUCCAGGACCUUAAUGUGCUUCUUCUUGAGCCACUCCUUUGUUGCCUUGGCCGUGUGUUUUGGGUCAUUGUCAUGCUGGAAUACCCAUCCACGACCCAUUUUCAAUGCCCUGGCUGAGGGAAGGAGGUUCUCACCCAAGAUUUGACGGUACAUGGCCCCGUCCAUCGUCCCUUUGAUGCGGUGAAGUUGUCCUGUCCCCUUAGCAGAAGAACACCCCCAAAGCAUAAUGUUUCCACCUCCAUGUUUGACGGUGGGGAUGGUGUUCUUGGGGUCAUAGGCAGCAUUCCUCCUCCUCCAAACACGUUGAGUUGAUGCCAAAGAGCUCAAUUUUGGUCUCAUCUGACCACAACACUUUCACCCAGUUCUCCUCUGAAUCAUUCAGAUGUUCAUUGGCAAACUUCAGACGGGCCUGUAUAUGUGCUUUCUUGAGCAGGGGGACCUUGCGGGCGCUGCAGGAUUUCAGUCCUUCACGGCGUACUGUGUUACCAAUUGUUUUCUUGGUGACUAUGGUCCCAGCUGCCUUGAGAUCAUUGACAAGAUCCUCCCGUGUAGUUCUGGGCUGAUUCCUCACCGUUCUCAUGAUCAUUGCAACUCCACGAGGUGGGAUCUUGCAUGAAGCCCCAGGCCGAGGGAGAUUGACAGUUAUUUUGUGUUUCUUCCAUUUGCGAAUAAUCGCACCAACUGUUGUCACCUUCUCACCAAGGUGCUUGACGAUGGUCUUGUAGCCCAUUCCAGCCUUGUGUAGGUCUACAAUCUUGUCCCUGACAUCCUUGGAGAGCUCUUUGGUCUUGGCCAUGGUGGAGAGUUUGGAAUCUGAUUAAUUGAUUGCUUCUGUGGACAGGUGUCUUUUAUAUAGGUAACAAGCUGAGAUUAGGAGCACUCCCUUUAAGAGUGUGCUCCUAAUCUCAGCUCGUUACCUGUAUAAAAGACACCUGGGAGCCAGAAAUCUUUCUGAUUGAGAGUGGUCAAAUACUUAUUUCCCUCAUUAAAAUGCAAAUCAAUGUAUACAAUUUUUGACAUGCGUUUUUCUGGAUUUUUUUGUUGUUAUUCUGUCUCUCACUGUUCAAAUAAACCUACCAUUAAAAUUAUAGACUGAUAAUUUCUUUGUCAGUGGGCAAACGUACAAAAUCAGCAGGGGAUCAAAUACUUUUUUCCCUCACUGUAAGUCCAUUGAGUUGGUUUUACAAUGAAUCGUAAGUCCAUUGAGUUGGUUUUACAAUGAAUCGUAAGUCCAUUGAGUUGGUUUUACAAUGAAACGUAAGUCCAUUGAGUUGAUUUAGCACUGCAUCACGGACCGUAAAAGGAGCGUACCUCAACCUCAAACUGUCCCUCCAGGUCAAUAGCGAAGGAACUAGCUGACUGGCUAAUCAACAACAAUGUGGUGGAGCACAUCUUUGGACCAAAUUUGCACAUAGAGGUGAGUUUUCCCUUUCCAAGUCAUUAUUACAGUAAGUCAAUACAUUUUUGUGGACAGUCUGUGUUUGAACUCCCCUGUUAAUGCGGAGGUUGUCUUUGUGCCUCUUUUGUUGUUGUUCCAGAUCAUUAAACAGUGCCAAGUGAUCCUGAACUUCCUUGCCGCAGAAGGCAGGCUCAGCACCCAGCAUGUGGACUGCAUCUGGGCUGCAGCUCAGGUAACUAGGCCCUAAACACCAGGGGCCGCAUGUAUAAAGCUUCUCAGUAGAAGUGCUGAAUUUUAGGAUCAAUUUUGCCUCUUUUAUCAAAAUUAAAAGGAUUACAAGAACAUGAGGGACCUAAUCCUAGAGCAGCACUCAUGCGCUGAAUUUGUAUGCAUAUGUGCUACUUAUUUUUUUACUAUAUUCAACCAAUUUAUUUUUGUUUUGAUGUGCUAUCAUAACUUUCAUUGAAAUCCAAAGUUGACUUUUGGGUCAUUUCUCACUGAUUUUCUCCUUGACCCUGUCUCUCUAUCUGUUCUCCCCCUGUAGCUGAAGCACUGUAGCCGUUACAUCCACGACCUGUUCCCCUCCCUCAUCAAGAACCUGGACCCGGUGCCGCUGCGCCACGUCCUCAACCUGGUAUCCGGCCUGCACCCCAGCGCCCACACCGAACAGGUACACACACGCCACACAUCAUGAGUGCCCAUUGGUAGUUGAUGGUAUUCUCAGAAUAUGAGGACUACGAAUGACCUAGGUCCGGGAAGAUGCCAGUGUCGCGAUACUCAUUAGUAUCGUGGCAAGGAAACACAACACGAAGCCAAUUUAACUUCUUAAAUUUAAGCCCUAUGUUAGAAACAAACAUUAUGUUGUCAUCCAGAGUCACAUUUAUUUAUUUUCCAAGCUAUAGCACACAAUACUUUACAUACAGCAGGUUUUUAAGGAUCAAAGAGUUUGAUCUGCUUCGUGUUUUCAUUUUUGCCAUGGAAAAAGUAUUGCGAUACUGGUAUCGUCCCGGCCCUAUUAUUGCCUUAGACCAUGGCAAGGAGUGGACGAUCAAAUGUUCAGUGUGAUUUAAUCUAUAUAUCACCAGAUGACUUUGACGAUGAGCUUUACAGUCACGUUAACCCAGUCUAACUGAGCUGCUCUUUGUCUUGGUCACCUGUACACCAUAUAGAUCCUAUAAUUGUGAUUCUAUAUGUAAUUCUAUGCUGCUCGCCCCCCCCCCCUCCUCAGACCCUGUACCUGGCCUCCAUGCUGAUCAAGGCUCUGUGGAACAACGCCCUGUCCGCUAAGGCCCAGCUCUCCAAGCAGAGCUCCUUCGCCUCGCUGCUCAACACCAACGUCCCCAUGGGCAACAAGAAAGGUACGACGGUUGUGUGUUGUGUUUGUUUGUGUGUGUGUGUAUUUCAAGGGGAUAUAUAUUCUUUAUCUUUGAUCAGUGGUAGUCAACAACUCCGGUGCGGUAGAGUUGCAGUGGUAUGCAUGUUUUUGGUCCAGUCCAGCACUAAUCAAGGUGAUGAAGGUGUUGAAUCAGAUGUUUUAGUGCUGGAAUGAAUCCACAACCCUGGCGUUGCAAGCGCCAUGCUCUACCAACUGAGCUACAGGGGAUUGUGCCCUUAUGAACUCUGAACUGUUUUGUGAGAUGCGGUAUCUGAUGCAUCAAGCCUCUGCUUCUCGUCUCUACCCAGGCUCCCCAGCGGCCAGCCCGGACAGCAGUGACAACAGCGACACGCACCACAGCGGCGGUAGCGACAUGGAGAUGGACGAGCAGAUGAUGAGCGGCAGCAAGCGGGGCCAGCAGAGACUCUCUGACACAGAGGUUAGCAGCACUCUAGGACCCUUUCCACACUAUCUAGCUGGAGAAACAAGUGAUGCACUUUCUCUAUACGUUUAAUAGGAAUUGCUAUUAGGAGCAAACCAGCACUGUUCAGCAAUCCAUGCUUAGUUUUUUUUGUUUACGUAGCCACUGUCUCCAAUUGCUAACUUUUUAUUAUUUUUAUUAUCCAAAAGCCAAUCCAAGUCAAUAUCCCAAUUUUAUUCGCAUUUUUCUGGUUUCAUGUAAUAAAAAAAGUGUUUCUUUUGUGGUUCUGAUGUAUGGCUGGUUUAACUGGAACUGAGUCGGUCUCCUCUCUCUCCGCCCCGUCCAGGAGUCGAUGCAGGGCAGCUCGGAUGAGACGGCCAACAGCAUGGAGGAGGGCAGCAGCGGGCCGGGCAGCAGCAGUGGCCACAGCGAGGGCUCCAGCAACGAGGCGGGGUCCAGCCGUGCCAGCCAGUCAGCGGGAAGCCCUGGCAGCGAGCUGCACUCUGACGACAUGGCCGACAGCGAGGUCCUCAAGGAGGAAGAGGAUGAGGAGGAAGAUGACGAAGAGAUGACGAAGAAGAAGAUGACGAUGAGGAUGAAGAGGAUGAAGAGGGGAACAACCGGGGGGUAGCGGCCGAGGGCAGCCCGCAGAAGGAGCCCCGGGACCAGCCGGAGGUCAGGAAGCGGAAAGCGGCCGAUGUGCUGGUGGAGGAGCAGGGCGAAAGAGGAGCAGGAGACGGACCAAAACCCAAAGGUUUGCCCUUUAACUCAGAGGCAGCCAUCGGCAUGGUAACGGCUGCGGCAUCAAUGGAGGGCCGCAUGAGGAUGCUGGACGCCUGCUCGGCCCGGCCUGAGGGGCCCGAACAACAACAUUCAGAGAUGGGAGGCCCCUCAUCCCAAAUGGCCCCAGGACCCCAGGAGCCCCCCUGCCUGCCCUGCCCCGGGGACUUCCUGGGGGACGCCAUGGGCAACGAGCUGUUCAACUGCCGACACUUCAUCGGGCCCCACCACCACAUCACCAUAAUCACCACCACCAUGAAGGGUAAGACUAUCACCAUCUCUUUGCUUUCUUUACGCUAAUCUGUAUCUUCUCUAUAUCUCCUCUUUCACAAUGGUCUAUAUUUGGCACAUUUUCCUAGAGAGAUAAGGUUAUUUUAAGGCUUCUAUCCAACUACAGACCCCAACUAAGACAAACUGUCCGUGGCCGAUUCUACAUGUUGAAUCAGGACCAACUACUAGCAAUUAUGUCGGCGUCCAAAUGAGCUUAGAUAACAUCCAUAGACGGUUGAGUUGGCUGUAGUUGCAUAGAUGUGUAGAAGUGUGUCCAGUCAAUAAUUUCUACAUGUCAAGAGGAACUAGACAUACACUGAGUGUACAAAACAUUAGGGUACACCUUCCUAAUAUUGAGUUUCACUCCCCUUUACCCUCAGAACAGCCUCAAUUCAUCGGGGCAUGGACUCUACAAGGUGUCGAAAGCGUUCCACGGGGAUGCUGGCCCAUGUUGACUCCAAUGCUUCCCACAGUUGUGUCAAGUUGGCUGGAUGUCCUUUGGGUGGUGGACCAUUCUUGAUACACAUGGGAAACUGUUGAGCGUGAAAAACCCAGCAGCGUUGCAGUUCUUGACACACUCAACAUGGUGCACCUGGCACCUACUACCAUACCCUGUUCAAAGGCACUUAAAUAUUUUGUCUUGCCCAUUCACCCUCUGAAUGGCACACAUACACAAUCCAUGUCUCAAUUGUCUCAAGGCUUAAAAAUCCUUUAACCUGUCUCCUACCAUUCAUCUACACUGAUUUGAAGUGGAUUUAACAAGUGACAUCAAUAAUUGAUCAUAGUUUUCACCUUGAUUCACCUCGUCAGUCUGUCAUGGAAAGAACAAUGUUUUGGACAUUCAGUGUAAAUGUAACUGUUUUCCUUGCGACAUGAAACUAGGGCUUAUUCAAGUGACGAAAAUAUGCAUUGCCCUUCUAACAUUGAAUCAUCCGCCAGGCACAUGGUGGACGACAUGCUGAGCGCAGACGACGUGUCCUGCAGCAGCUCCCAGAUCAGCGCCAAGUCGGAGAAGAACAUGGCCGACUUUGACGGUGAGGAAUCUGGCUGUGAGGAGGAGCUGGUGCAGAUCAACUCGCACGCCGAGCUCAGCUCCCACCUGCAGCAGCACCUGCCCAACCUGGCCUCUAUCUACCACGAGCACAUGGUGCAAGGUAGGCUGCACUGCACGGUGCACCUAGGGUUGUGAAUUUACUGUAAUUUCCCCCAAAUUCCCAAGUUUCCCCGAAAUCGCGGUUGGAAAAUUCACGGAAUGCCGCAUUCACGGAAUGCCGCACUCACGGAACGGUGUACCCACUCAUUGCACACCGAUAACGUGCCUCAGUUUACAGCAGCAAGAAUCAUGUAGUUAUGGUUCUACUAAUCUUCCCAUCAUCUGGAUGGGUCAAUCCAGUUAAACGCUUUCACCAUCAGUUAAUCCCGUGUAGUUCAGUUGGUAGAGCAUGGUGCUGGCAACGCCAGGGUUGUGGGUUCGAUUCCCGUUGAGGACCAGUAUGGAAAAAAAGUCUGAAAUUGUAUGCACUCACUACUAUAAAUCGCUCUGGAUAAGAGCGUCUGCUAAACGACAAAUUAAAAGGAAAAAAAAUGGAAGAAAGAUCAGUGGACUUGCGUGCUGUGCCUGCUCAGAGCUUAUACCUGUAAACUUAAUCACUCGAUUUCAGUUGUUAACCUUGCAACAUUUUAAAGCAUGACAUUUUAGCAUGACAAAUUUGCAGUACAGUAAAUCUUUACUGAACAUUUUAUUAUGGCUCUCUUUCUCACCAGCGGCUAUGUUUUAUUCCUCUGCAGGCCCGCAGGUCCACAAGCACCAGUACUCUGGCCACGCCGUGACCGACAUCAACCUGGACAAUGUGUGCAAGAAGGGCAACACGCUGCUCUGGGACCUGGUGCAGGAUGAGGACGCGGUAAGAACCAUGACACUGGAUAACACCGUGCACUGAGAAAGCGUUCUGGUGGAGACUUCCUUUCAAUGGUAUUUUUUGCUGAAUAAAAGCAUGUAUAUGCUAGUAGUCAGACAGCCUUGAAGCCGAGCGGUAUAGAAGCAGGGUUUGAGUUCCCAGAAACAAACUACACAUUUUGUCGUGUAAAUGUUCAUUCACAAAAACAAAAAAAACCUCAACUUAUUUCAUCUAUAGCGUAAUAAACUGUCCAUGCUCUUUCAAGUUGUAGAGACAACAUAGCAUCGCAUGACUGCAAAUAUAUCUCCACAUGAUGGUAUUCUAUCAACAAUUGCACAAUUUGCACUGCAAUUUGUUGCAUACUCUAAUCACCGACAAAAAAACUAUCCACUAGUGUAUUUAGUUUUUGUUGACAUUUAGGGAAUAUACUGACAAUUUGACAGUUUCCAUCAGGCCUGUCAUUAGUUUUUAAUCCAUCGGGUACUUUACUCGCAUAAAAAUGGUUGGAUGGAAUCCUGGUUACUGUGUGGAAAACACGCUUUGUCAGCUACUAAAUACUCAACGUAUUAGGAGAGUGCAUCACUUCCUCCUUCAGGUUUCAAGGAGAAGCUAAUUUAUUAAUAAGGUUAGUUAUAAUAAUAAUAAUAAUAAUAAUAAUAAUAAUAAUAGUAAUAAUAAUAAUAUGCCAUUUAGCAGACGCUUUUAUCCAAAGCGACUUAGUCAGUCAUGUGUGCAUACAUUUUUACGUGUGGGUGGUCCCGGGGCUCGAACCCACUACCCUGGCGUUACAAGCGCCAUGCUCUACCAAUUGAGCUACAGAGGACCACAUCGCUAUUAGUUUAGGAUCUCUGUGAUAUUCUGAAGUCUGAAAAAGAUGCAAGUGACCUUUCUCCGUUCUUCCCUGUUCCAUCAGAUCCACCUGUCGGAGGGCCUGAUCAACGAGGCGGAGAAGCUGCUGUGCUCUCUGGUGUGCUGGUUUACCGACCGCCAGAUCCGCAUGCGCUUUAUCGAGGGCUGCCUGGAGAACCUAGCCAACCACAGGUACGUGUGUGUGUGUGUGUGUGUGUGUGUGUGUGUGUGUGUGUGUGUACGUGUGCAUAUAUGAGCGUGUAUGUCUGUGUGAACAACAUAGCUCUGAAAUGAAUUAAUGUGAAAUUAUUUUGUUAUAAGAUCCCUUCAUUGGCUAGCUAUUAUGUGAAACUUGCUUUGUGACUGCAUGCUUCUCUCGCUCUCACAGAUCCGUGGUCGUCUCUCUGCGCCUCCUUCCCAAACUUUUCGGCACUUUUCAGCAGUUCGGCUCCAGCUACGACACCCACUGGAUCACCAUGUAAGCAUCGCACCAUCAGCAUGAUUAGAACAGAUAAACGUUGUCCAUUACAUGGCAUCACCGAAUAUCAUUGACAAUGCAACAGCUUUGCACAUAUUGUGACCAUAACUCUGUGACGACAACUACUAUUUUUGUGACAUUGGGUGUGUUCGUAAAUUCACUUUGGAGUGCCAGAGUGCGGUCUGGGCGUUCGUAAAUUCAGAGCGUUGUCAGAUUGUCCGUUCGUAAAUUCAGAGCGCUUCGCACUCGGAGCGAGGAGUAGGGUUGAUCCGAGCAUUCUCAGGAGUGUUUUCACACGGCAGUCAAGCACCCAAGCUAACUGACAAAGUUGGCUAGCUUUGCUAGCUACUUCCAGACACAAAUGAGAGAACACCGCACUCUGACCGUUUUGCUCGCCCUAGCAGAGCUGGUUAGGCUGUUUUCAUGUAAUCCAGAGCAUUGCUGACUGUAACUGUGCUGCUGGCAAUAAUUUCAUUACGUUUUUUUGCCGACGUUUACUGACACCGGUCAUAUUCAACUGCUGUUGCGCGUUCGUAAAUCCGUCAGUUAUUCUGCGCUCUGGCACAGUCAGACGAGAGUGCUCAGAAAUCGGACGUCGAUACUGAAUUUACGAACGCACCCAUUUGAUGUUGUGUGUGAUGUCUUUCAGGUGGGCAGAGAAGGAGCUGCACAUGAUGAAACUGUUCUUUGAGAACCUGCUGCACUACAUCCAGGAAGUCCGAGAGCAGAGGCACAAGUUUGCCCUGUGAGUAACCCACCAAUUCUCUCCACUACACUACCCCCCCCCCGCCAUUGACAUUAUUGACUUUGCCUUGUAACAAUACAACGGUAACAGUCUUAUUACUGUGGAAUAUGGACAACAUAUUUGGUAACACAGCAUGUAUUGUAGGUAUACCGAUGUAACUACAACUGCAGCUUAUUAAGCCGACCAGUCUCGCUGCAGUGCGGUUCUGGUGUGCAAUGGCUGCAGACAGUGACUCUGUGGUUGUGUAUGUGGCCAGCUGGGAGGUGCUGGCCGCUUUAAGGGACCGCAGAGACAAAAUGACACGUGUGUUUUGUCCUGACAGAACUACAGAGGGUGUAGCUAGUCUUUUGAUUUCCUUUAUUUGAAAUGUGAAACGUGUUGAAAUGGACGUUAUAGUGAUGGUGCAAUACAAAAGGAAACGGAAUAGUUCAUUAUGAAUGAUGUUCUUUGAUUACUAUGCGAUCACAGGUAUGGCCACAGUGCGGAAGUCCAAGUACGCCUGCAGUUCCUGACUUGUGUCUUCUCCACCCUGGGCUCCCCGGACCACUUCAGUAAGUCAACAGGGUCGCGUUCAUUAGGCACCAAAUGGAACAAAACAGACUGAAACGGGGAGUGAACAACCGUCACUGGUCUAAUAAGAAACUCUGAUUCCAGCUUUCUGUUACAUUACCCAGUCUUCACAUACAGCUCAACAAACAUUCCCUAUCAUUCUCUGCCUCUGGCUGGCUACACCCUGGUGAUGGAAUUGACCCUAGAUGAGAUGUGUAACCCGAUGAGCUUCUCUCUCCUACAACAGAGACAUCAUUGUCCUCUGGAGUCUUUAGAGAGGGGUGACCGGAUCUACCUAGCUAGCUAGCUAACUCUGUUCAUAGCCGUGUGUGUGUGACUUUUGUGUAUGCGUGAAGGGGAGCUAAUAUCUGGGAUUUAGAGGUAGACUGGGAGACUCCCUGUUUUGGUGGCGCCUGAUCAGGACAUACAGAGUGCCAUUCUCCGUGAUACAAAAGGAAUAAUAGCAGAAUGUAAUACAUACUGCAGCCAAUUUUCUCUGGCAAACAUUUGUGUGUAUGUGAAAUUGUAAAUGUGGUGUCUAUCUGCGUGUGUGUUUGCGUCCAUUGUGGAUCCAGUGUUGGAGUGAUACGCUCAUCUUCCCCUUAAUAGUCUGAAGUGUGUGUUUGCGUCCAUUGUGGAUCCAGUGUGGGAGUGAUACGCUCAUCUUCCCCUUAAUAGUCUGAAGUGUGUGUUUGCGUCCAUUGUGGAUCCAGUGUGGGAGUGAUACGCUCAUCAUCCCCUUAUAGUCUGAAGUGUGUGUUUGUGUACCAACAUUUAGACACCAGUUAAGCUACUCCUCUCCGCAGCAGUGAAUGUGUGCAUAUAUAACAGGGUAUUUCUAUACGAACACACUAACAGCCCCUCCUCUCCCUCAGGACUGAGUCUAGAGCAGGUGGACAUCCUGUGGCACUGCCUGGUGGAGGAUGGAGAGUGUUACGACGACGCGCUGCACUGGUUCCUCAACCAGGUCCGCAGCAAAGACCAGCAUGCCAUGGGCAUGGAGACCUACAAACACCUCUUCCUGGAAAAGGUACGACCGGACUGGACUGGACCAUCUGGUCUUAGUGGGGAGGGGUGUCUGACAAGGGUCAUUCCAGCGUGGGUUGUGGUGUUGAUAGUGAACCUCAGUUUAAAAAAAAAACUAAACGAAUUGAUAGCUAGAAAAAAAAGAAUCAACUUUAGCUUGUGGACAGUCAUUUAAAACGUCCCAAAGUUGUCAAUUCGUUGUGAAAGGUAAUCGAAAAGUGAUUCAGUAGCCGGGGGAAACAAAUCGGAAAAGUUACCCAAAUCAUUGAAAAUCCUUGUCCUUAAAGCAUUGGCCUUAAAGUCGCUAAAGUCUAUCAUUGUAAUACCUUUUCCCCAUAACACCACCUGUGUUUCCUCAGAUGCCCCAGCUGAAGCCGGAGACCAUCAGCAUGACGGGCCUCAACCUCUUCCAGCAUCUCUGUAACCUGGCCCGUCUGGCCACCAGCGCCUACGACAGCGGCUCCAACUGCGAGGUACACACACACACACUUUAAAUACUUUAUUUGAAUCCACAAAUCACAUUACAGAGAAGGAUUCAAGCACACACACACACCUGAGUACAGUUGCUCAUACACACAUACACACAAACACACACAGUUUGUGUCGUCUCAGUUUGGUAAAUUCCAGGCCCGCCAUACCUCUCACUGAACCCUGCUGUCACCUUGUCAACAUUUAUAUGUGACCUCUAACCUUUGACCCCUCUGUAGCUGUGUGGCAUGGACCAGCUGUGGGGCAUCGCCCUCAGGGCCCAGUCUGCAGACAUCAGCCGAGCUGCCAUCCAGUACAUCAACUCCUACUACAUCAACGGUCAGUGGACCUCAGUUGGUACAUGGUUGAAGACUAUUAGUGGUAGUAGUAGUAUUUCUCUACCAUACCAUCCUUAUUUAUAUUGCAAAAAACAAAGUGAAAACCCUGUCCACAGCAGUGCGUCUAGAUCCAGGGGUUGGAUCCAAAACAUCCUAGUUUAUAGUCAUUAUAUUGAACGAGCGGUUUUAGAUGUUUGUGUAGAAGCUAAGCUUGUUUCAGCUUGCCUAUCAGGAGUCACCAUGAUGACCUACUGAUUCCGACUUUGACCGAUAUUGAUUGUGUGUGCGCGUGCCUUUCGGUUUGUCCGUCCGUCUCCCAGCUGGUAAGACAGGCCUGGAGAAGGAGCAGGAGUUCAUCAGUAAGUGCAUGGAGAGCCUGAUGAUGACCUCAUCCAACCUGGAGAAGGACGCCCACUCCAGCCUCACCGUCAUCGAGAGGGGCCUGCUCAUGCUCAAGACCCACCUGGAGGCUUUCCGACGCAGGUAGGGAGCGCGCACACACACACACACACAGAAACGCACGUACGCAAGCAGACACGCACAGAAACUCGCACACAGAGAAACACACACACACACACGCUCCUUAUCUCCAUCCUCUCAACCUACUUUAACUCCCGAACGUCUAAACUUAACCAAAACACUACUUAUUAUCAAUUAUAUUUCUGACUCACCUAGUGGAGAUCAUCCCUGGACCUGGAGAGCUACAGGACAAGUUCCAGUUCUCUUGGCCCAUCCACCCUUUACCCAAACUUUCCCCCCUCAACUCCCGCGCUAAUUUCAACUAGCACUAAGAACCGUGUCUCUCUUUGGCGCUCUCUCACUUUCUCUCUGCCCCCCAACACUCUGUUUGUCUCCUGCCCCCUCUCCAGGUUUGCGUACCACCUGCGUCAGUGGCAGAUCGAGGGCACGGGCAUCAGCAGCCACCUGAAGGCGCUCAGCGACAAGCAGUCUCUGCCACUGAGGAUCGUGUGCCAGCCCGCCGGCCUGCCCGACAAGGUACCCAAGAAAGUACCCAGCAUCUUGGUACUUAAUUAUUAACCCUUGGUCGAUUUGGCACACUCAAAUGCUCUUGUUGCUCUUGUGUUCUGUUGGGUUAGGAAAAAUCUACAGGCCACAAUGUCAAAAUGAAUGGGAACGAUUGGCGCAAGCUAAUUUCAUGCUUUAGUGGAGUAGAAAUGUUUGUUUUGAUACUACUGUGAAGAAUGCUGUUUUCAUUCUAGAUGUUUGUAAGGAUGUUUUUCUAACACUUUUUUCUGUUUGUUCGCCUGUGUGUUUGUGUCUGUCUGUCCGCAUGCCUUUGUCUCUGUGUGUGUGUGUAUAUGUGUGUGUGCACGCGCGUCUGUCCCUGCCUGUCUGCGUGUGUGUGUGUACGUUCCAUCCUGUGUGUCUGGUACCAGAUGACCAUCGAGAUGUACCCCAGUGACCAGGUGGCAGACCUGCGGGCCGAGGUGACCCACUGGUACGAGAACCUGCAGAAGGAGCAGAUGAACCAGCAGGCCCAGCUGCAGGAGUUUGGACAGAGCAGCCGCCAGGGGGACUUCCCAGGUCUGUCACCUCUCACCUUUUGUAGCGCCAAUACCAAUGGAGAAUCUCGAUUGCACUUGAUUCCUCCUUCCUCUCCUCGCUUUCUCAAAAUCCAUUGGAUGAGAAAGUCAGAGGGGAGGGACGUCUGACCUUCUCAUCCAAUGAAUUUUGAGGAGGGGAUGAGUAUGCGAUUGGAUGGAAUCAAGGAAAUGCAGUUGAGAUUCUCCCCCAGGCUGUUGCAUCCUUCUCUUUUGAAGUAAUCACUGAUCGCACAGUGUAUUUUUUCGCAGUAUUUUAGGAGUAUUCAAACAGGGCCUGUGUCGCAGUAGUCUUGAAUUGAAUUUAAUUCAAUUCAAUAGAUCUUCAUUGUCCCCAAGGGCAAUUCCUGUGCAGCGAAUGGUUUCCUCAUUAGAAAUGCAUGCUUCCUUUAGUGAUUUAUUGAAGUAAUCACCUCAGAAGGUAAGAUUACAGUUUCUAUCCAGUCCUUUCAGAUUUGAGUGAUGGUUAUUCAAUAAGGGAAAGGAGCAAGUUAAUUGAUCAGAAUCCGCUUUUAGUAUUGGGUGUUUCAACAGUCUGUGUGUUUCCUUAAGGUGGUUUGAUGGGUCCAGUCAGAAUGAUCUCCUCUGGCCAUGAGCUCACCACUGACUACGAUGAGAAGACCCUGCAUGAGCUGGGCUUCAAAGACAUGCAGGUAACUACUUACACACACUUGGCAGUCUGCACUUCGCACACUAGUGCCGGGAUUCAAUCCGAUCGCAGGUCAUUAAGCAUUGCGUCUUUUAAAGGCCAUUUCCGAUUUAGCCAACAUAUGCAGUGUUUACGUGAAUGAGAUCUCUUCUAACGCGGAAACAUUGCCUUUAAAAGCUGCAAUUCCUAUAACCCUCGAUUGGCCCCCCAUCUAUGGCACUCAUGCCCCUCCCUCCCUCCUUUACAGAUGGUGUUUGUCUCCCUGGGCGCCCCCCGGCGGGAACGUAAGGGCGAGGGGGUGCAGCUCCCGGCCUCGUGUCUCCCCCCGCCCCAGAAGGAACACAUCCCCAUGCUACUUCUUCUCCAGGAGCCCCACCUCACCACCCUAUUCGACCUGCUGGAGAUGCUGGCCUGCUUCAAACCCCCCAGUGCCCUGGGAGACAGCCCCGAGGUGGGUCAUGGAGUGUGUGUGUGUGGUGUGGGUUAGGGCUGUGUGUGAGGGGAUGUCGAGGGGGUGUGAGAUGCUGGCCUGCUUUAAGCCCCCGGCGCCCUGGGAGAGGGGGCCCUGGACAGUCCCAUGGUGUGUGUGGGGGGGGGGGGGAACAAAGUGUGGUUGGCAUGACGGGGUGUGUGUGUGAGGGGUUGUAUGUUGGGGGAAGAGUGGGGGAAUCCCCUUCGCAUCUCCAAAGUGUGCGUGACGGAGUAGAUAUGGGGUGUAUGUUUGGGGAUGGGUUUUGUGGUAUAAUCUUUAAAAUGUCUAUUAGAUGCCCUUAAUUAUAUAGCUAAGGAAAUAAGAGAGCAAUUCAUCAGAGCAUUUGAAAAAGCAGCUUGGAAAUGGCUACAUAGAAACCAGACUUGACAUACUCUCCAUCCGAUUAAAUGUAAAAUAGACUUUGAACAAAAAGCCCUUCCAGAAUAUAAAGUAGGCUGUUCCUUCCAGGUGCAUCAUGCAUAAUGCAUCACUACUGUCCAAUUCUCUUCUGACAGUCGUUUGAUAGUCCAGUAAAACGUACUGCAGGGUUGUGUCCCAAAUGGCAGCCCUGUUCCCUUCAUAGUGCACUACUUUUGACCAGGGCUCAUUAUGUUCUGGUUGAUAGUAGUGCACUAUAUAGAGAAUAGAUGCAAAAUUGUGCACUAUAUAGGGAAUAGGGUGCAAUUUGGGACUCAGCCCAGGUGUGUUAUACAUAGGAAGUAAGGUGCUCGUCUGUCAAAGUGUAUAUUUUAGUCACAGCGGCGGGAGCCGUCUCGUUUUGAAAUGCAAAGUCAUCCGGCGGUCAUUGCUUUUUAUAGUCUCCCUUCACAGGGACUCAGGGAAGGCCGAGAGAGGGGUUAUCCAGUGUGCUGUUUGUACUUCACUCACUCUCUCUCUUUUGCAUGCAUUUAUCCCUCUCUCUCCCCCCUCUUCACUUCCUCACAUCUAACACUCAUCUGAUCUGACCAGAACGUUAAAACAAUUACUUGAGGUAUUGACUGAGUGUGUGCCUGCCAUGGGCUGUGUUUAUAGGACUGCUUCAGGGCUGCUGCUCUGUGGCUGUGUGGUCUGUGGUGUAUCGGUAUGGGUUCUGUCACUGUGACAGCAGAAAAUAUUGAAUUUCUGUUCAAAUCUCAAAAUCAAGAUGUAUUAUAUUCUACUCCAGAACCUACGGUGUGAGGAGCUGCACCUCCAUGCUGAGAACCUGUCGAGGCGCGUCUGGGAGCUGCUCAUGCUGCUGCCCACCUGCCCCAACAUGCUGCUGGCUUUCCAGAACAUCUCAGACGACACAGUAUGUCACCUAUUCUCACACACACUCCCCUAUACACUGUCACACAGCUAUUUACACACUCCCCUACACACUGUCACACAGCUAUUUACACACUCCCCUAUACACUGUCACACAGCUAUUUACACACUCCCCUACACUGUCACACAGCUAUUUACACACUCCCCUACACACUGUCACACAGCUAUUUACACACUCCCCUACACACUGUCACACAGCUAUUUACACACUCCCCUACACACUGUCACACAGCUAUUUACACACUCCCCUAUACACUGUCACACAGCUAUUUACACACUCCCCUACACACUGUCACACAGCUAUUUACACACUCCCCUACACACUGUCACACAGCUAUUUACACACUCCCUACACACUGUCACACAGCUAUUUACACACUCCCCUACACACUGUCACACAGCUAUUUACACACUCCCCUACACACUGUCACACAGCUAUUUACACACUCCCCUACACACUGUCACACAGCUAUUUACACACUCCCCUACACACUGUCACACAGCUAUUUACACACUCCCUACACACUGUCACACACUACUUACAACACCUCCCCUACACACUGUCACACAGCUAUUUACACACUCCCCUACACACGGUCACACAGCUAUUUACACACUCCCCUACACACUGUCACACAGCUAUUUACACACUCCCCUAUACACUGUCACACAGCUAUUUAGUUGAGUUGUUGAAUCAGGUGUGCUUGUUCUGACCCGCUUUGCACACCAAUCAAACACAGGGACAUGAAUGACAACAUAAAGACAUGCGUCCUGUCUCGUGUGUUCUCUCUGUCUGUCCAUAGGGAGGCGAGGGUCUGUGCUGGAAGGACCUGCUGAGGAUCAAGAGCCCCCACAAGCUGCUGUACGCCCUGGAGAUCAUUGAGGCCCUGGGCAAACCCAACCGACGCAUCCACCGGGAGUCCACGGUACUACUGGGACUGCACACACACACACACACUUACUCUGUCACUCAAACACCUUUUUGCUCAUUCAUGAACACCCACAUUCACACACACACACACACACAUACAUAGAUUCACACUCAUAUGCAUACCCUUGCUCUGCUCACUGAUUCAAACACGCAUAUGAAUGACCCCUGUGUUGUCUGUCUCUGUCCAGGGGAGCUACAGUGACCUGUACCCAGACUCUGACGACUCCAGCGAGGACCAGAUAGAGAACAGUAAGAACUCCUGGAGCUGCAAGGUACGCCCCCUUAAACUGACUAACUCCCAUACUGUACACACUUGUACAAACCACUUAUCAAUCAAGUCAACUCAAUUUCCUAUUUCUCUCUCUCCUUUUACAGUUUGUGUCAUCUGGAGGGCUUCAGUUGCUGUUGGAGAUCUUCAACUCUGCCAUUCUGGAGCCCAAGGACCAGGAGUCUUGGACAGUGGUGGGUGGGAUCAGAAACACAUUAUAAUACAUGGAGGAAAUGGAAUAGUAUAGGUUGUAUAGAUUAAACAAAAUAAAGUUUCAGUACAUUAUACGUGAGUGGUAGUGAUUCUGUAAGAAAACAGUUAUUCACAUGUUUAAAAGUAACUGCGUUAUGCGGUGCCAAAGAGUUCCAAUUUCAAAGGGGACAAUCAUAAAGAAGUUAGAGAAACAUCGGGGGACAUGAACAUGACAGAAAUAAAGCCAUGUCAAACAUUGUUUUUAAGACAAUGUUCUGUAGUUAGUAUUGAGGGUUAACAUAGGUCAUAUCCCCCUCUCCCUCUCUCCUCCCUCAGUGGUUGUUGGACUGCCUGGCUUGCCUGCUUAAGCUCAUCUGCCAGUUUGCGGUGGACCCGGCCGACCUGGACCUAGCCUACCACGACGUCUUCUCCUGGUCGGGCCUCACCGACAGCCAGCGCAAAAGGGCUUGGCCUGGCAAGUCCCGCAAGUCCGCCGGCGACCACGGCAAGGGCCUGCAUAUCCCCCGCCUCACAGAGGUACGGUGGUCCUCAGCUGAAUGCUAAUAGCUUAUGCUAACCGCUAGGUGGGAAGUUGACAUCCUUAACUCUUCAUGCGCAGUACACAACCUUUCUUUCCACAGCUGUAGCACUUAAAAGAGAAAUGAUAAAGCGAUUUUGUAUUAUUUUGCCUCUUCUCUCCCUCUGAAGCAGUCUUCUAUUGCCUCCUCUUCUCUCCCUCUGAAGCAGUCUUCUAUUUCCUCCUCUUCUCUCCCUCUGAAGCAGUCUUCUAUUGCCUCCUCUUCUCUCCCUCUGAAGCAGUCUUCUAUUGCCUCCUCUUCUCUCCCUCUGAAGCAGUCUUCUAUUUCCUCCUCUUCUCUCCCUCUGAAGCAGUCUUCUAUUGCCUCCUCUUCUCUCCCUCUGAAGCAGUCUUCUAUUUCCUCCUCUUCUCUCCCUCUGAAACAGUCUUCUAUUGCCUCCUCUUCUCUCCCUCUGAAGCAGUCUUCUAUUGCCUCCUCUUCUCUCCCUCUGAAGCAGUCUUCUAUUGCCUCCUCUUCUCUCCCUCUGAAGCAGUCUUCUAUUGCCUCCUCUUCUCUCCCUCUGAAGCAGUCUUCUAUUGCCUCCUCUUCUCUCCCUCUGAUGCAGUCUUCUAUUGCCUCCUCUUCUCUCCCUCUGAAGCAGUCUUCUAUUGCCUCCUCUUCUCUCCCUCUGAAGCAGUCUUCUAUUGCCUCCUCUUCUCUCCCUCUGAAGCAGUCUUCUAUUGCCUCCUCUUCUCUCCCUCUGAAGCAGUCUUCUAUUGCCCACGGCUGUUUUCUCUCUCUGUGUACUUCCCUCCCUGUGGUGUCUUGGCCUCUACACGAACUUCAAAACUAUCCCCAUGGUUCAUUCUUUGUAUCAUUAACACUUGAUAAACCUUCCUUUUUUUUAUUGUCAGGUUUUCCUGGGCCUCGUCCAAGGCACCAACCUGAUCCAGCGGUUGAUCAACGUGGCCUACACCUACGACAACCUAGCACACAGGUGAGAGAACACAAAGACAACAACCCUGUUCCAAAUGUCACCCUAUUCCCUACAUGGUGCACUACUUUUGACCAGAGCCUUAUGGACCCUGUUCAAAAGUAAUGUAGUAUAUCAGGGAAUAGGGUGCCCUUUUCGGCAUAUCUAAGGACUCUGUUCCAAUAUCCAUGCUAUAGUAGCAUACUACUUAGUGUGAAGCAAUGUAUUGGGCAUGCAAUCUAAUUGGUAUGCUAGUAUGGACAUAGUAAUGUAGUUAACAUCACAAGUUUAAAAUGCCUUUGUACUAAAGUUGUCCCCUCAACCUGAUGUGUAUGUUUUACUCCCUGUUUUACUUGCAGAGUUUUGAAGGCCCAAUCAGAUCACCGGUCCCGUCAUGAAGGUGAGCUAGAUUUUACGAAUGCCUAAAUAAUGUUCAUCAACAUGAGAAAUGAAAAGCCCCACAGAUGUUUUUCACACACACAUUUUUCACAGAAAGUAAAUCUGUCAUAUCCUCCUAUCCAUAUUGUAUGUUCUUAAGCACAUUGUUCUUAGUCAUUUCACAUGUCUAAUGUGUUAUUCCUAUGUUCCAGUGACCCACUACUCCAUGUGGCUGCUGGUGAGCUGGGCCCACUGCUGCUCCACGGUCAAGUCCAGUCUGGCCGACAGCGACCACCUCCACGACUGGCUCAAGAAGCUCACCCUGCUGGUGCCGGAGGUGAGAUCUGGGGGAAUAUCAUGGGGCACUGACCCUCCGGAAAUGAUGAACAACUGGGAAUCUAGUAUUGUCUUCAUCUUGCUUUUGUUCCCCCGACCUAAAAACAUGGCUUCAGUUUGUUUCAGUGUAACAUUUGAGUAUUUCCGUCCCAAAAUGGGAAGAAUCUAGCUAUACCGCUGUUUGUUGAUUUGUUCACUAUCCUAUUUUGAUGCUACUGAAAUACUAACCAUUCUGUGCCCCAAUUGAUUCGUGUGACAUUGGUAACAACAUCAAAUAGAGGAAUGUAUUGCGUUAACGUGAGUGUGGUCUUUUGUUAUUCUCAGACGGCGGUGCGCCACGAGGCUUGUAACGGCCUGUACAAGCUGUCCCUGUCGGGUCUGGAGGGAGGAGAGUCCAUCAACAGGUCCUUCCUGCUGCUGGCCGCCUCCACGCUGCUCAAGUUCCUCCCCGACGCACAAGCCCUCAAACCGCUGCGGGUGGGUACAACACACAUACACACUUGCGCGUAUAGACAGAUGCAUACACACACACGCAUUGAAACGUACACACACACACUAGCACAAUUUUGUUGUACUGUUUACUGACAAAAACAAAUGUGUUCAGUGUGGGUUAUUCAAUUCCUUGGUCACGUCAAGUUACACAUACCUAAUAUAAGUAGAAGGGCUCUGUAAUUGAUGGUGUGUGUGUUUAGGUGGAGGACUAUGAAGAGGAGCCGGUGCUGAGGACGGGCUGUAAGGAGUACUUCUGGCUGCUGUGCAAGCUCAUCGACAACAUCCACGUCAAAGACGCCAGCCAGACCACCCUGUUGGACCUGGAUGCGUUAGCCAGACACCUGGCCGACUGCAUACGGAGGUGAGUCCAAGAUGAAUCGAAGACCAGGUCUGCGUCUGAAACGGUACCCUAUUGCCUGUUUAGUGCACUACCUUUGGACCAUGGGCCCGGGUCAAAAGUAGUGCACUGUAUAGGAAAAAGGGUGCUGUUUUCAGACACAACCCAGGUCUCUCUUGAAAUAUGUAUUUGAUGUGCGAUGGCUUGCGUUGUCCACAUUCUUGCUGGAGUAUUAAGGCCAGCUCAGUUCAAAUACAUUAGACAAGACUGUUUUAAACCAGUUCUACACUGAAGUUUGCUUGAUCAAACAUUGACCUGUCUCCCGCUCCCCAGCCGUGAGAUCCUGGACCAGCAGGACGGCGCAAUCGAGGACGACGGCCUCACAGGCCUCCUGCGCCUCGCCACCAGCGUCCUCAAACACAAGCCUCACUUCAAGUUCUCCCGCGAGGGCCAGGAGUUCCUGCGCGACGUCCACAACCUGCUCUUCCUCCUUCCCAGCCUGGCCGACCGCGCCCAGCCCAAGUGCAAGUCGCACGCGGCCCGCGCCGCCGCCUACGACCUCCUGGUGGAGACCGUGAAGGGCUCGGUGGAGAACUACAGGCUGCUCCACAACUGGGUCAUGUCCCAGCACAUGCAGAGUGAGAAGAACCUUUUGCAACCGUUGAAAAUGCUACUAGGAAUAUUUGUCAAUGAGAGUAAUGCAUUGGUGGGAAGGCCCAAGGGAAUACAAUGGGUAUUGAAUUUACAUUUUUCGUGUGGAAAUACUAUACGCUGGUUUUAAACAAACAACCAAAUAGCAUCCCUUUGAAGUAAGGCAUUCCUGUUGGUAAUGUCUGCUCCAUGGAUUUCCAUGACCGGAUCAAAUGAGCGCGGAGCAAGUUGGUUUAUUAAAGUUUGAGGUCACAUUUUUUGAAAAUGAUUAGGAUACAAUGUACAUGUUUGAGCAUCAUCAAACAAUCUUAAAUCCAGUAUAUUCUAUUAGGCUCCUGAAAGAUAUGAAAAUUUGUGUUGAUGUUAAUUAAAUGGUCAUUUCUACCUCCCCCCAGCCUCUCACGCCCCGUACAAGUGGGACUACUGGCCCCACGACGACGUGCGUGCCGAGUGUCGCUUCGUGGGCCUCACUAACCUGGGGGCCACCUGCUACCUGGCUUCCACUAUCCAACAGCUCUACAUGAUCCCUGAGGCACGCCAGGCCGUCUUCACUGCAAAGGCCAGUCCUCUAAAUACUAUUGUCCUCUUUCUCUCUCUUGCUUUUCUUACGCCUCUCUUUUUCUCUCUCUUUCUCUGUUUCUUUCCUGUCUUAUUCUCUCUCUCUAUUAGUGAUUGUAAUGGAUGAUAUUACAAUGGUUCCUUUUUCACAGUGCUGUAGGUUGUAUGGGGCAAUUUCACCUCAUCCACCGCUUGUAUAUAGCACUCAUCUGGAUGAUACACGGCAGCCAUUUUGUACUAGAAUGCUCAUUUCACUCCCUGUGCCACCUGAAGAAUGCUUUGCUAUUGAAGUUGUGAAUGUUGUUUAUUAAUGAGAGGUGUGUUUUUCCAUUUCCAGUAUGCAGAGGAGAUAAAGCACAAGACCACAUUACUGGAGCUCCAGAAGAUGUUCACCUAUCUCAUGGUACGCAGCCGCUCUCUCUCUUUCAGCCCUCAUCUAUCUUCUCAGUCCAUUGACAAGAACAGACAGACAUUGUCCCCAUAGAGACUCAGCUACUUUAUAUUUGCUCCACUCAUCUCUUUCUUCCAUUUACUCAUUCUUCUCCUCUCUCCAUCCCUCGUUCCAGGAGAGUGAGAGGAAGGCGUACAACCCCCGUCCGUUCUGUAAGACCUACACCAUGGACAAGCAGCCCCUGAACACGGGCGAGCAGAAGGACAUGACCGAGUUCUUCACCGACCUCAUCACCAAGAUAGAGGAGAUGUCCCAGGACCUGAAAAACACAGUGAAGACGCUCUUUGGAGGGGUUAUCACCAACAAUGUGGUCUCGCUGGUAAGAAUCACUAUACUCUUUUUACCGGCAACAUUUCCGUAGUGCAAAACUCAUUGUAAACCGCAUUCAAUCACACUGCGAGAUUGUUUACCGUCUUUUUUGCGCUUUGCACAAUUCCUUUGCACUACAAAAAUUCACUACAGAAUGUUGCUCUGUGUGUGUGUGUGUGUGUGUGUGUGUGUUGGAGUGUGUAUGUGUGUAAUGCCAUUCUCAUUCAACUAAUUUUUUCUGUCCAACAGGACUGUGACCACGUGAGUCAGACAGCCGAAGAGUUCUACACAGUCAGGUGCCAAGUGGCCGACAUGAAGAACAUCUACGUAAGUACAACAUCGCCAACAACAUUGUUCACUUUGUUUAGAAGUGCUACCAAGUGUUAUAGACUGGGGUUUAUCUUCCAAUCACACUGUAGUAUCACACUGCUGCCUUCAAUUCAGGUUGAAAUUCUUCCUCUUGCAAAUGGCAACUUCUCCUCAACUCAUCCUAUGUCAUACUCUGUUAGUCUGGUGUGUUUUCUAUGCUCCUAGGUCUUGUUCAUACAGUACUGCUUGGCAUGUUGGUGGAGACCUGAUUGUGUCUUUGUGUUUCCUCAGGAAUCUCUGGACGAGGUGACCAUCAAAGACACUCUGGAGGGGGACAACAUGUACACCUGCUCCCAGUGUGGCAAGAAAGUACGCGCAGAGAAGAGGUGAGUCGACGACAAACCUCCUGAAGAGGACCCUGCUGGUCGAAAUGCGUUGUGUACUUUUUCUACAGAAAAUAAGCCAACCAUAAUCAAUUGGCAGUUAUAGUUGUAUACUAGACAUUUUUUGAAAUGGUUAGCUGGUUUUCCACCAGUUGAUGUUGGUUUACCGUUUGAAAGAAUAACUGUUAUUGACAUCUCUAGUUUCUCUCUUUUUGACCUGUGCUUCUAUUAAUCGCCUUUCCCUUUCUCGAUCCUUCUCCUUCCAGGGCGUGCUUCAAGAAGCUGCCUCGCAUCCUAAGCUUCAACACCAUGCGCUACACCUUCAACAUGGUCACCAUGAUGAAGGAGAAGGUCAACACGCACUUCUCCUUCCCCCUGCGCCUCGACAUGACCCCCUACACUGAGGACUUCCUCAUGGCCAAGGGCGACAGGAAAGAGGGUACGUGUCACUUCCUGUUCCAACAGGCCCCCAACCACCUGAUUGGUUCUCAUAGGCCCUGUUCUACAGUGCAUUUGGAAAGUAUUCAGACCCCUUUUUACACUUUUUGUUACGUUACAGCCUUAUUCUAAAAUUGAUUAAAUAGUUUUUUCCCCCUCUUCAAUCUACACACAAUACCCCAUAAUGAGAAAGCAAAAACAGGUUAUAUCACAUUUACAUAAGUAUUCAGACCCUUUACUCAGUACUUUGUUGAAGCACCUUUGGCAGCGAUUACAGACUUGAGUCUUCUUGUGUAUGAUACUACAAGCUUGGCACACCUGUAUUUGGGGAGUUUCUCCCAUUCUUCUCUGCAGAUCUUCUCAAGCUCUGUCAGGUUGGAUGUGGAGCGUCGCUGCACAGCUAUUUUCAGGUCUCUCCAGAGAUGUUCAAUCGGGUUCAAGUUCGGCUCUGGCUGGGCCACUCAAGGACAUUCAGAGACUUGUCCCGAAGCCACUCCUGCGUUGUCUUGGCUGUGUGCUUAGGUUCGUUGUCCUUUUCAGCAAGGAUCUCUCUGUACUUUGCUCUGUUCAUCUUUCCCUCGAUCCUGACUAGUCUCCCAGUCCAUGCCGCUGAAAAUCAUCCCCACAGCUUGAUGCUGCCACCACCAUGCUUCACCAUAGGGAUGGUGCCAGGUUUCCUCCAGACGUGACGCUUGGCAAUCAGGCCAAAGAGUUCAAUCUUGGUUUCAUCAGAACAGAGAAUCUUGUUUCUCAUGGUCUGAGAGUCCUUUAGGUGCCUUUUGGCAAACUCCAAGCGUGCUGUCAUGUCCAUUUUACUGAGCAGUGUUUUCUGUCUGGCCACUCUACCAUAAAGGCCUGAUUGGUGGAGUCCUGAAGAGAUGGUUGUCCUUCUGGAAGGUUCUCCCAUCUCCACAGAGGAACUCUGGAGCUCUGUCAGAUUGACCAUCGGGUUCUUGGUCACCUCCCUAACCAAGGCCCUUCUCCCCUGAUUGCUCAGUUUGGCCGGGCGGCCAGCUCUAGGAAGAGUCUUGGCGCUUCCAAACUUCUUCCAUUUAAGAAUGAUGGAGGCCACUGUGUUCUUUUGGGACCUUCAGUGCUGCAGAAAUGUUUUGGUACCCUUCCCCAGAUCUGUGCCUCGACACAAUCCUGUCUCGGAGCUCUAAUGACAAUUCCUUUGACCUCAUGGAUUGGUUUUUGCUCUGACAUGCACUGUCAACUGUGGAACCUUGUAUAGACAGGUGUGUGCCUUUCCAAAUCAUGUCCAAUCAAUUGAAUUUACCACAGGUGUACUCCAAGUUGUAGAAACAUCUCAAGGAUGAUCAAUGGAAACAGGAUGCACCUGAGCUCAAUUUCGAGUCUCAUAGCAAAGGGUCUGAAUACUUAUGUAAAUAAGUUAUUUCUGUUUUUUAUUUUUUAUAAAUUUGUAAACAUUUCUAAAAACCUGUUUUCGCUUUGUCAUUAUGGGGUAUUGUGUGUAGGUAGAGAUUUUUUUUCAUAUAAAUCAAUUUUAGAAUGAGGCUGUAACGCAACAAAAUGUGGAAAAAGUCAAGGGGUCUGAAUACUUUCCGAAUGUACUGUAAAUUCACUUGUAGCACUAUACUACAUCCCUGUGUAGCUCAGUUGGUAGAGCAUGGCGUUUGCAACGCCAGGGUUGUGGGUUCGAUUCCCAUGGGGGGCCAGUAUGACAAAAAACAAAUGUAUGCACACACUAACUGUAAGUCGCUCUGGAUAAGAGCGUCUGCUAAAUGACGUAAAAUGUAAAUGUAAAAUAUACUGUCUAGUCAGUGUAUUUGAAUGAAUAGCAAUAUGCGGAUAGUUCCUUUUUCCUAGCCUGCAGAAAAAGGACAAAUGUGCUGGAGAGAAAAACAAAUAUGUGAAAACAAAGUAACGUCUGCAACUCUAAUGCUCCCCAGUGAUUUAUAGGCAAUAUAAAAAGUUUUGCUCUUGGUAUCUUCGUCAGGUCCACCUAGCCUAUCAGAGGGCAAGCUAAGUGGCGCAACGAGCGUAUAUCCUAUUGUAGCUAUCCAACCAAUAAUUGGAGGAGUGGGUUACUCAUUGAUGUGGUCCGCUAUGUCCUACUACAGGUUUCCGGGAGGAGGGCGAGGCUAAGGUGGCGGAGAGCUACGAGUACGACCUCAUCGGCGUCACGGUGCACACGGGCACGGCGGAUGGCGGCCAUUACUACAGCUUCAUCCGAGACAUCGUCAACCCGCACGCCUACAAGAAUAACAAGUGGUGAGGAAUAUCUCUGGGUCUAGUAUUGAAAUCAGCUCCGUAGGGAAUUUUUAAAAAGAUGUCUCGUGUUAUGGCCUUACGAUACAAUAUACUUUAUUGUCCAUUUACAUGGAAAUUCAUGACUUGCAAUUGGUUGAUUUCAUGGCACUGUGCUACACCUGGGUUCGUUUUCGGCAGGUAGCUUAGUGGUUAAGAGCGUUGUGCCAGUAACCGAAAGGUCGCUGGUUCUAAUCCCUGAGCCGACUAGGUGAAAAAUCUGUCUGUGCCCUUGAGCAAGGCACUUAACCCUUGCUCAUGUAAGUCGCUCUGGAUAAGAGCGUCUGCUAAAUGACUUAAAUGUAAAAAAAAAAAAAUGUUUAAUUAGGGUGUACAACCGACUGUCAUUAACUUAAUUCGCUUGCUUUUCUCAGGUACCUAUUCAACGAUGCCGAGGUGAAGCCCUUUGACUCGGCCCAGCUAGCCUCCGAGUGCUUCGGUGGAGAGAUGACGGUAAAUCCUGAAAUAAAGACAAAGCUCCCAAUGUUUUACUGUUAAUUCAUACUUUUCGAUAUUGAAAUGUUUCAUCUCACCAACAUAUUUUUCUUUUAGACAAAAACGUACGACUCUGUCACCGACAAGUUCAUGGACUUCUCCUUUGAGAAGGUCAGUUUCCUUGUAAAUCAUUUUCUAAUGUGACAUUUUUGUUUAAAAAAUGGGUUUAAAAGUUGACAGUUUGUCAUGUCUCUCCCUCCAGACCCACAGUGCUUACAUGCUCUUCUAUAAGAGAGUGGAGCUAGAGGAGGAGAAUGGCAAGGACUUCAACUUCGACGUUUCUCCAGAUCUACUCGAGGUACCUGGCUGGUUACGAUCUCGUAGCCUCUCCUUUCUCACAUUCUUUAUUCUCUCAAAACGUUGAAAUGAUUAUUCUGACGUCUUCUUUUCUCUACUCAGUGGAUUUGGCAAGACAACAUGCAGUUUCUUCAGGACAAGAACAUUUUCGAGCACACGUACUUUGGGUCAGUGAUACAUUUUUGUACCAGCCAUCAUGACUGCACCUUUUCUGAAGCUAGAAUGCAGAUGUGAUAUUAUUGAGAGUCUUAUGUUAACAGCACUUUGCUUGGGUGCCCAAGACUUGACCCUGAAAUAUAUAACUAAAUCGAUUUUACUUAUGAAGUACUGUCUCAAUUAUAGCUCAUAUGCAAUGAAAUAUGAAUGUGGUCUUGAUCUAUUAACAUAGUGCAGGAUGAAGUGCUGCCUUGGUGUAUAAACUGGUCUGAGAUCAGUGUUGUGACUCUCUCUGUACUCCUAUCUACAGGUUCAUGUGGCAGCUUUGUAGCAGCAUCCCCAGCACUUUACCAGACCCCAAAGCCAUCUCCCUCAUGACCGCCAAGGUACGACCACACUCCACUAAACCCUUAUUCUCAACCAUUAGAAAAUCCUUUAACUUUUCACCGAUAUAUUUUUAUGGCUUUACCGUUACACUUUGAAUAUACAGUACUGUCCACUCUCACACCUCUCAUCCUUGAUUACAGCUUAGCACAUCAUUUGUCCUGGAGACGUUCAUUCACUCCAAGGAAAAGGUGAGUUGUCCUUCCUUUACUGUCAGUGGACGGCUCCCUCUAGUCGCCAGCCUCAAUUGCAAUCUCUAGUUAUUUUUCAGUGAUUAUUUUUUGCUCUGUUUUACGGUGUGGAAGAUGGUCUGUAACUUAUGGCAAGAGUUUGUCUAAAGUUGGUCUGUGUGUGUUUUCAGCCAACCAUGCUGCAGUGGAUCGAGCUACUGACCAAACAAUUCAACAACAGCCAGGCGGCCUGCGAGGUACAUUUACUGUUUAUUGAGGCACAAAUCAGCUACCACAUAUUGUGCUGAAUGGUUUUCAAUCAUUAGCAGGGUAAUUGCUAACUUCCUGUUUUUAUGUCGUCAUGGUCUUUCAGUGGUUUUUGGACCGCAUGGCUGAUGACAACUGGUGGCCCAUGCAGAUCCUCAUCAAGUGCCCCAAUCAGAUUGUUCGGCAGGUGAGAGCCCCAAUCAGAUUGUUCUGCAGUCACUCACACACACACACACACACACACUCACACUCACACUCACACUCACACUCUCUGCCCUGUGGUCCGCCAUCAGAUGUUCCAGAGACUGUGUAUCCACGUCAUCCAGAGGCUACGGCCAGUCCACGCCCACCUCUACCUACAACCUGGCAUGGAGGACGGGUAGGAACGAUCACUUAUCUACCAAUCAAUCAUCCACCCAGUCAAUCAGUCACUCACAACUGAGAAACAUAUUCAUUUGUAAGCUUUAUAGUGUAAUUUUUUUUUUUUAAUCCCACAUUAAACUAGCUUCUGAUAUCCCAUGAGUAGUCUAUAACGUGGCUCUUGAACUGAUAAUGGUUUGCUGCCGCUAGAGGCGUUGCAGCGUGACAUAACCGUGUUGUCUGUGUCAUUAGAUGGCUGAGAGAAAGGUGCCAUGUGUUACCUAGUUGCCCUAGCACUGUGGCCACUUGGAGAGUUUUGUGGCACAACAUUUGAGCAAAAUGGUCAUUAACCAAAGAUGUUUCGAUUUAUAAUGUUCUGGAAAAACUCAGGGAAAACUCCCAAGUUUAAUUCCACUGUAUCACCUGGGUCAUGUUCAUUAGGGUACUCAACAGAGAAUGUUUCAAAAUGCUUUGCAACAGAAAACGAAAUUGAGAGUUUAGGUUUAAGUCUAGGUAGUCCCUUUCUGUUUCAGUCCAUUUUUCAUUUGUUUGGUACCUAAUGAACAUGACCUGACAAGUUGCCUGAUGUCACUUCCUCUUCCUGUGUGUGGACCUCCAGGUCUGAUGAUAUGGACGGGCCGGUGGAGGACAUCGGCAGCCGCUCGUGCGUGACGCGCUUCGUCAAGACGCUGCUGUCCAUCAUGGAGCACGGUGUCAAGCCCCACAGCAAACACCUGACUGAGUACUUCGCCUUCCUCUACGAGUUCGCCAAGAUGGGAGAGGAGGAGGUGGGUCGUUGAUAACAGUAGUCGUUUUAUAGGAAUAUACUUUUGACACUUUUAACCAAAAGGACUUAAGUGUGUAAAAAUGUAUUCGCUGUAGUGUAAGUUUGAGUCCCAAAUGGCACCCUAUUGCCUACAUAGUGCACUACAUAGUGCACUACUUUUGACCAGAGCCUGCUCUGUGAGUGCGUACAUUUUCAGUAGGUUUUCUGUGAUUCCUGCAGGGCUUGAACCCAUGACCUUGGCAUUACCUCACCAAGAUACAUGGCUUGAAGGGGUUUUAGAGGACACUGUUUUUGCUAACAGUCUGUUUGUUUUCUCUAUUCUCAUACUUCCAGAGUCAGUUCCUUCUGUCCCUACAAGCCAUUUCCAUCAUGGUGCACUUCUACAUGGGCACCAAGGGGCCUGAGAACGUAAGUAUACACUAGUUGUGUGUGUGUGUACCUGUGUGUGUAUGUUUCUGUGCUUGUGUGUAAUGACCUGGUCCCCCCAGCCCCAGGUGGAGGUGCUGUCUGAGGAGGAGGGAGAAGAGGAGGAUGAGGAGGAGGACAUCUUGUCCCUGGCGGAAGAGAAGUACCGCCCGGCCGCCUUGGAGAAGAUGAUAGCCCUCAUCGCCCUGCUGGUGGAACAGUCCCGCUCUGAGAGGUAGGGCACAGACGGGCACAGACGGGCAUGGCAUAGCACCACUUGGGACAUAGGAAAGCAGUAUAUAAUAUGGCACAGGGAUUUUACCUGCUACUAGAAAAGUGAGAUUGGUCAAUGUUACGGGAUGAUUUGAGGAUCACCCCGAACUAGACAAAUUUGGUUUUGUACAUUUGCUGGGUCACUGGAAAUGUUCAUAGCUUUGUCACAGCACAAAAUUGUGUUGGUAAUACUGCCCAAAAGUAAGCUGUAAAUACUACCACAUAGCACCCUAUUUAUUCGCUGUUGUCAGUUUUCAAAUCACCCCCCUCCUUCAUUUCACCUUCUUUCUUCUCCCCCUUUCUCCCUCUCCCCCUCUCUCUCUCCCUCUCUCUCUCUCCAGACACCUGACUCUGUCUCAGAGUGACAUGGCAGCCCUGACCGGGGGGAAAGGCUUCCCCUUCCUCUUCCAGCACAUCCGAGACGGCAUCAACAUCAGGCAGACCUGCAACCUCAUCUUCAGCCUGUGUCGCUAUAACAACCGCCUGGCCGAGCACGUACGUUUAACAGAUGCGCCAACACACACAAACCAAUCCGCACACACACCAACCAAUGCACACACACACAAACAAACACGUUGCCGUUGUUAAUGGCAGACCCUGGCCGUGAUCCCACUCUCCGAGGUUGUCUCAGGGAGAGUUGGGAUUUGCAGAAAAUACAUUUCCAAUUCGUAUUAAUACACACUUUUACAUGUUUGAAAUAUGACAAAUAUAAGCACCCACCUUAUUAUUAUUAUUAUUAUUAUUAUUAUUAUUACUAUUAUUACUAUUAUUACAUACAGGCACAUACAGUGUAUUUCUAAUCUAAUUUCUCCUGUGUUCUGUUCCAGAUUGUAUCCAUGCUCUUCACCUCUAUCGCUAAACUGACGCCUGAGGUAAGCACUGAUGUGAGAACCUACCCUUUUAAUACAUAAUGCUCUCAAUUUAUUAUCCAACUCAAUUAUUAGUUUGUACAAAUCUUAAUUUAUCCCUCUAAUUUUCUCUUCUUCUUUCUCUCCAUCCCUCUCUCUCACCCCCCUCUCUCCCACUCCUUCUCUCCCUCUCCAUCCCUCUUUUAGGCAGCAAACCCUUUCUUCAAGCUGCUCACCAUGCUGAUGGAGCUGUCAGGUGGUCCUCCAGGCAUGCCUUCCUUCGCCUCAUACAUACUACAGAGGAUCUGGGAGGUACGGUCAUGCACACACACACACACACACACACACACACACACACACACACAAUAAAAUCAAAUGUUAUUUGUCACAUGCUUCGAAAACAGCAGGUGUAGACUAACAGUCACCCUUAUGGGUCCUUCCCAACAAUGCAAAGAGAAAAAUAGAAAAGUCAUAAUACGAGGAAUAAAUAACGCUAACUUGGCUAUAUACAUGGGGUACCAGUACCAAGUCCAUGUGCAGGGGUACAUGGUAAUUGAGGUAGAUAUGUACAUAUAGGUAGGGCCAAAGUGACUAGGGAACAGGAUAGAUAAUAAGCAGUAGCAGCAGCGUAUGUGAUGAUUCAAAAGAGUUGGUGCAAAAAGGGUCAAUGCAGAUAGCUAUUUGGUUAACUAUUUAGCUGUCUAAUGGCUUGGGGGUAGAAGCUGUUCAGGGUCCUGUUGGUUUCAGGCUUGGUGCGUCGGUACCGCUUGCCGUACAGUAGCUGAGAGAACUGUCUAUGACUGGGUGGCUGGAGUCUUUGGCCAUUUUUAGGGCUUUCCUCUGACACCGCCUGGAUGGCAGGGAGCUUGGCCCCAGUGAUGUACGCACUGCCCUCUGUAGCGCCUUGCGGUCGAAUGCCAAGCAGUUGCCAUACCAAGCAGUUGCCAUACCAAGCAGUUGCCAUACCAAGCGGUGACACAGCCAGUCAAGAUGCUCUCAAUGGUGCAGCUGUAGAUCUUUUUGAGAAUCUGAGGGCCCAUGCUCGUCAUCGGUGAUCAGGCCUACCACCGUCGUGUCGUCAGCAAGCUUAAUGAUGGUGUUGGAGUUAGGCAUUGCCACGCAGUUGUGAGUGAACAGGGCGGACAGGAGGGGACUAUGCACGCACCCCUGAGUGGCCCCUGUGUUGACGGUCAGCAUGGUGGAUGUGUUGUUGCCUGCCCUCACCACCUGGGGGCGGCCCGACAGGAAGUCCAGGAUCCAGUUGCAGAGGGAGGUGUUCAGUCCCAGGGUACUGAACUUAAUGAUGAGCUUGGAGGGUACAUAGUCACAGGUUCAUCUGAUUCAUUGUUCAUUAUCAAGUUACUUCAGUUGAACAUCAAUUUAUCCAUAUAUUUGUCCAUAACCCACUUUAUGAAGUUAUUUCAGUUGAUCUUGAUGUCGUUGCCUAAAAUAUUCAAAAUCGUAUCCUUUUGUGUGUGUUCUCUCCCAGGUGAUAGAGUACAACCCAAGUCAGUGUCUGGACUGGUUGGCGGUGCAGACCCCCAGGAACAAGCUGGCUCACAGCUGGGUGCUGCAGAACAUGGAGAACUGGGUGGAGCGCUUCCUACUGGCCCACAACUACCCCCGUGUCCGUACCUGUAAGAACACUUGUGAUGUCUCUCUCUCUCUUUCUCUGUCUCUUGCUGUUUCUGUCUGGAAGUUCUUACUAACUACACUACAUUGCCAAAAGUAUGUGGACACCUGCUCGUCGAACAUCUCAUUCCAACAUCAUGGGCAUUAAUAUGGAGUUGGUCCCACUUUGCUGCUAUAACAGCCUCCACUCUUCUGGGAAGGCUUUCCACUAGAUGUUGGAACAUUGCUGCGGGGACUUCCAUUCAGCCAAAAGAGCAUUAGUGAGGUUGGGCGGUUAGGCCUGGCUCGCUGUCGGCGUUACAAUUCAUCCCAAAAGUAUUUGAUGGGGUUGAGGUCAGGGCUCUGUGCAGGCCAGUCAAGUUCUUCCACACUGGUCUCGACAAACCAUUUCUGAAUGGACCUCGCUUUGUGCACGGGGGCAUGCUAAAACAGGAAUGGGCCUUCCCCAAACUGUUGCCACAAAGUUGGAAGCACAGAAUCGUCUAGAAUGUAAUUGUAUGCUGUAGCGUUACGUUUUCCCUUCACUGGAACUAAGAGGCCUUGCCCGAACAUGAAACACAGCCCCAGACCAUUAUUCCUCCUCCACCAAAUCACAAAUUGGUGCGUUCACCCUAUAGCCAGUGGGAUAACCACUUUACAAUUGGGGGGGGGGGGGGGGGUAGAAGGAUUCCUUUAUCCUAUCCCAGGUAUUCCUUAAAGAGGUGGGGUUUCAAAUGUCUCCGGAAGGUGGUGAGUGACUCCGCUGUCCUGGCGUCGUGAGGGAGCUUGUUCCACCAUUGGGGUGCCAGAGCAGCGAACAGUUUUGACUGGGCUGAGCGGGAACUAUGCUUCCGCAGAGGAAGGGGAGCCAGCAGGCCAGAGGUGGAUGAGCGCAAUGCCCUCGUUUGGGUGUAGGGACUGAUCAGAGCCUGAAGGUACAGAGGUGCCGUUCCCCUCACUGCUCCAUAGGCAAGGACCAUGGUCUUGUAGCGGAUGCGAGCUUCAACUGGAAGCCAGUGGAGUGUGCGGAGGAGGGGGGUGACGUGAGAGAACUUGGGAAGGUUGAACACCAGACGGGCUGCGGCAUUCUGGAUGAGUUGUAGGGGUUUAAUGGCACAGGCAGGGAGGCCAGCCAACAGCGAGUUGCAGUAGUCCAGACGGGAGAUGACAAGUGCCUGGAUUAGGACCUGUGCCGCUUCCUGUGUAAGGCAGGGUCGUACUCUCCGAAUGUUGUAGAGCAUGAACCUGCAGGAGCGGGUCACCGCCUUGAUGUUGGCGGAGAACGACAGGGUGUUGUCCAGGGUCACGCCUAGGCUCUUCGCACUCUGGGAGGAGGACACAGCGGAGUUGUCAACCGUGAUGGCGAGAUCAUGGAACGGGCAGUCCUUCCCCGGGAGGAAGAGCAGCUCCGUCUUGCCAGGGUUCAGCUUGAGGUGGUGAUCCGUCAUCCAUACUGAUAUGUCUGCCAGACAUGCAGAGAUGCGAUUCGCCACCUGGUUAUCAGAAGGGGGAAAGGAGAAGAUUAGUUGUGUAUCGUCAGCGUAGCAAUGAUAGGAGAGACCAUGUGAGGAUAUGACAGAGCCAAGUGACUUGGUGUAUAGGGAGAAAAGGAGAGGGCCUAGAACUGAGCCUUGGGGGACACCAGUGGUGAGAGCACGUGGUGCGGAGACAGCUUCUCGCCACGCCACUUGGUAGGAGCGACCGGUCAGGUAGGACGCAAUCCAGGAGUGAGCCGCGCCGGAGAUGCCCAGCUCGGAGAGGGUGGAGAGGAGGAUCUGAUGGUUCACGGUAUCAAAGGCAGCAGACAGGUCUAGAAGGACAAGAGCAGAGGAGAGAGAGUUAGCUUUAGCAGUGCGGAGAGUCUCCGUGACACAGAGAAGAGCAGUCUCAGUUGAAUGACCAGUCCUGAAACCUGAUUGGUUUGGAUCAAGAAGGUCAUUCUGAGAGAGAUAGCAAGAGAGUUGGCUAAAGACGGCACGCUCAAUAGUUUUGGAAAGAAAAGAAAGAAGGGAUACUGGUCUGUAGUUGUUGACAUCAGUGGGGUCGAGUGUUGGUUUUUUGAGAAGGGGAGCAACUCUCGCUCUCUUGAAGACGGAAGGGACAUGGCCAGCGUUUACAGUUGGCACUAUGCAUUGGGGCAGGUAGAGUUCUCCUGGCAUCCGCCAAACCCAGAUUUGUCCGUCAGACUGCCAGAUGGUGAAGCGUGAUUCAUCAUUCCAGAGAACGGGUUUUCACUGCUCCAGAGUCCAAUGGCGGUGCGCUUUACACCACUCCAGCCGUUGCUUGGCAUUGCGCAUGGUGAUCUUAGGCUUGUGUGCGGCUGCUCGGCCAUGGAAACCCAUUUCAUUAAGCUCCAGACUAACAGUUAUUUUGCGGACGUUGCUUCCAGAGGCAGUUUGGAACUCAGUAGUGAGUGUUGCAACCGAGGACAGAAGAUUUUUACGCGCUACCGGCACUCUGCGGUCCUGUUCUGUGAGCUUGUGUGGCCUACCACUUUGCGGCUGAGCCGUUGUUGCUCCUAGAUGUUUCCACUUCAAAAUAGGGUACUUUUUUGUUUUUACGCAGAGGCUAUAAAUCAUUAUUCAUCAUCAUUCUAUUUUCCACAGUAUCAACGAUUCUUCGUCCAGGGUAGGGGAGGGAAUGGCCAGCAGGGAUGUAGCUCAGUUGGUAGAGCAUGGCGUUUGCAACGCCAGGGUUGUGGGUUCGAUUCCCACGGGGGGCCAGUAUGAAAAAUAAAAUAAUAUAUGCACUCACUAACUGUAAGUCGCUCUGGAUAAGAGCGUCUGCUAAAUGAUGUAAAUGUAAAUGAAAAAGUGAUGCUGUGCAGGAGGUGCUUUGUCCUGUCCUUCCUGUCGGUCAGGUUGCCUGAGAAGUCUUCAAUCUUCUGUAUGCUCCUCUGCAUACACAUUCUCCUAUCAGUCCUUGUGUAAUGAUUGCACAGUGAUAUCAAUGGAAGGUUUCUAUAAGUGGGUGAACAAUCCAACGCUUGGUGAAUUUGGCUUCAGAAUGAUAUGAAGAGCCGACAUCGAAGGAUCAAAACUUGACGUUGCUAUGAACGCUUGGCUGCCACAAGCCAGGUAUUGUGUGUAACAGUGAUAACACCAAGUAAAUCUUAAAUGAUUAAAACUUAAACACAAAAUAUAACAAUCCAGCAACAAACUUCUUACAUCUUAUCAGACACAUUUCCACUUGCUGAACACAUACUUCUUAGAUAAAACAUACAGCCUCUAAAGACAAUUGUUACAUAGUUGCUGUCUAAAUUGGGCGGUGGUCUCCCAACCUUAAUAAAAUAAGAGUAUAGUACAAAAAUAAACUUGUAUCAGAAUAAAAACGUCAACAACAAUAACGUCGACAUCAACAAUAACAAAAAGUUCAUUUGAGUAGGAGUUGCCCUCAAAAAUAAGUAAAUAAAUACAACAAAUAGAUAGAGCUGCAACAACGUCUUUGAAAGAAGUGAGAUAGAUGACCAGUCCAAUAAAGAAAACAUAUUAAGUAAAGAUUUCACUACAACACAACGCCACUCCAUCCUGGUCAGCAUUGCCAUGGUUAAGGUAUAUGGUGCUAAGGCCCUGGCCUUGCACAGUCUUGCCUCCAUCUAGCUGAUCUUACAGUUGACCGGGGCAGCUCUAUCAGGGCAGAAAUGUGAUGAACUGACUUGUUGGAAAGGUGGCAUCCUAUGACGGUGCCACAUUGAAAGUCACUGAGCUCUUCAGUAAGGCCAUUCUACUGCCAAUGUUUGUUAUGGAGAUUGCAUGGCUGUGUGCUCGAUUUUAUACACCUAUCAGCAUCGAAAGGGUGUGGCUGAAAUAGCCAAAUGCUCUAAUUUGAAGGCGUGCACAUACUUUUGUGUAUAUAUAGUGUAGGUUACAAAAGUUCCCCAUUAAACAGGUAACAAACGUGCCCUUUCAUCUUGUGCUUUAUUUGUUACUCCCUCUCUUUCUUCCAUCCCCACCUCUCACAGAGAACCUGCAGAGAGCUAGGUACCACUGCUCUCCACUGCACUCAUCCCCAUCAAUCUCUUCAAACUCUAACAAAAGAACGAUUGUGUGUAGUUACCCUAGAAAUCUGAAAAGGCCAGACAUUUAGGCAAAACUCUGCUCUAACUCUGAAUUCUUUCUCUCCCUCUAGCGGCAGCCUACCUCCUGGUUUCCCUCAUUCCCAGCAACUCGUUCCGCCAGAUGUUCCGCUCCACGCGUUCCCUCCACAUCCCCACGCGGGACCUGCCCCUGUCUCCCGACACCACCGUGGUGCUCCACCAGGUAUGCUAACGAGACUCCACAGUCACACACACUGCAAUCUGUGCGCCCUAAGUUUUUUAGGUGAGCGCUGAUGCCGCCCUAUGAUAAGCAGUGCCCACUUUGUCAAAGGCAGGGGCGUAAAAUAUUUAGCUCGUCCAUUCCCAGCUCGCUUCUCCCGGGUGCUGUUGGAGAGACUCAUCGCUGCAGCGCUCCACCAAUGUUCCGUCAAAAAAACGAUCUAACAUAAAUCAUGUAGCAGAUACAGGAUUUGGUAGAAAGAGUAUGUUGCCUUUUCUGUAGCCUACAGGCUGGAGAUCAAAUGUAUGACAAUGUAUUGAGAAGGACACUUUUUACAUCGUGCUGGUUUCUCUGAUCGAAUAGCCUAACCUAAAUGCUGCUCAAUCUAAUAAAAAUGCCCUGUCACGUUAACAAACAACAUAUCCUAAAAAUAGGACAGGUCAAAGUAAAAAUGGACAAUAUGGAAUGGGCAAUCACAACUGUUGUCCAGGAGUUUCACCCCAUUGUCAUGAUCAGUGGUUUCAAGUUUGUAUCUGUAAAUUUUUGACAAGCUGAUCAUAGCGAAAAAGAAAAUAUUUAUGCAUUUCCUGCUGUGUAAACACAUUGCAAAUAGGCUCACGAUAACUCCUGAUAAAGUUGGGUAGCUGAUAUUCAGUCUUUUUUGGUCUCGCCUAGGGCGGCAGAAAGGCGAUGACUGGCCCUGCAUGCAAGUCACAUAAGCAUAUAUUUAUACCCCGACGAGGCGGAGUUUCCCUUCUUGUAUGUCUAAGAUCAACAAUUUGUCUCUGUUGCUGGGCAGCAACUACGUCUGUGCCUCUUUGUUGGUGUCCAGAACCUUUGUGGGCGGGGAUGUGUGUGUGAGAGAUCAAGCUGCAGUUAGUGUCGUUGGGGUGGGCCCACUCUGGCCCCCCUCAACAGAUGUCCUCCCUCUUCAACUAUUGUCCUCACAUGGAUGUUGAGUUCCUCCACCACCUCUCCUUGCCCUAGUUCCACAGGAACUGGCUUAACAGGAACCCGACUGUUGCUCUUUUACCUACUUCCUUAGAAUCUUAAUAUACAACGCUAACCGUGUCUGACCUGAGACUGACCCUUUCUGCACUUCCCCUUGUCGCUACAAUAACACACACAAGCUCCAACAACCUAACCCAUAACGUUUACAUUUUAGUCAUUUAGCAGACGCUCUUAUCCAGAGCGACUUACAGUUAGUGAGUGCAUACAUUUUCAUACUGGCCCCCCUUGGGAAUCGAACCCACAACCCCGGUGUUGCAAGCGCCAUGCUCUACCAACUGAGCUACACGGGACUAAUAACAAGACUACUACUACUAAUUAUACAAUUAAAAUGGGCUCAAGUCAAACGGUUUCCAUCAUUAGUGACAACGUUUUAACCAAUCAGGUCUUGGCACUAAUAACCAUUUGUUGGUGUUUUUUGAUACUCAGCACCUGCUCAGACUUUGGAUGAUAUCUUCUAGUUUGAAGACUUCAAGUAAAGAUAUUUUAUUGAAACUGGGAGAAGUGGGUUUCAUAUGCAACCCAUCUUUUAAAUAAAUUGUAUUAUGUAUGUACAACGAUUAGAUUGAAGUGUACGUGUUUCAUAGCAACUGUUUUGUAGUUAUGUUUAUUUUGUAUGAAACAGAAAAAUCUCUCUAAUCUUUCCUUAUCCUCCUAUACCAGGUGUACAACCUGCUUCUGGGCCUGCUGGGCCGGGCCAAGCUCUACGUGGACGCGGCGGUGCAUGGGACCACCAAGCUGGUGCAGUACUUCAGCUUCAUGACCUACUGCCUCAUCUCCAAGACGGAGAAGCUCAUGUUCUCCGGUUACUUCAUGGACCUGUGGAACCUCUUCCAGGUGAGCGGAUGGGGGGGGGUUAGUGUCUUUGUACAUUCACUACACUAGAAUAACUAAAUACAGGCAUUUAGUCAAUCUCAAGGCGUACACUUAAAAGUGAAAAUGAAGUCUAUUAGCUACUGUGUUUUAGAUUUGUUUUGGUUCUUUUGUCUCUUCCUCUGUGGUUCCUCACCUAUACACACCUUAUUGAAUAAUAACGCUAGUGAUAGUAAUUAAAUAACAUUUCUCUGAUCUUUCUCCACGUUUCCCCCCCUCUCAGCCCAAGCUGUCUGAACCAGCCAUCGCCACUAACCACAACAAGCAGGCCCUGCUCUCCUUCUGGUACAACGUGUGUGUGGAGUGUCCUGAGAACGUCCGGCUGGUCGUCCAGAACCCCGUGGUCACUAAGAACAUCGCCUUCAACUACAUCCUGGCCGACCAUGACGACCAGGAGGUAUUAAUAAUAAAUAUAGCUGCGAGCCCCCUACAUUUUUGUCAAAUAAUAAUAAUAACAAAAUAAAUAUAGUUUGAGCAGAGGCAACGAGGUCCUAGCAAUAGAAACAGUACCACUUGGUCACCCGUUGGGAAGCAUGACACUAAAAUGGACAAAGGCAAUACCUAUCUUAAGCAUGUUCACCAAGUUGCAUGAUUCUACCUCAAAUAGGUGAUGAGUUAUGUGUAGUGCAUGUUUGCCACAACGACUACGAGGCCUAAUGCUACCACGCUACUGCCGUAGACGACUGUCCUUUCGAACUUCAUGUUUACCAAAUUCCAUGCCCCUACGUCCAACAGUUCAAUAGUUAUAACCUUCAGUGCAAAGAAGCGCCUUCCACUGGCGUAGAGCAAUUUAUCCAGGAACAAGUUGUAAAUGUAAAAACACAACAGUCAAAUAAGAAAGGUAGGUCAGUCACUAGAGGUGAGUCUGAAAGCCUGCUUGAUAUCAUUUCCCAACAGGUGGUGCUGUUCAACCGGGGCAUGCUGCCGGCAUACUACGGCAUCCUGAGGAUGUGCUGUGAGCAGUCGCCCGUCUUCACCCGCCAGCUGGCCUCGCACCAGAACAUCCAGUGGGCCUUCAAGAACCUGACGCCGCACGCCAGCCAGUACCCAGGGGUGGGUGGUCUGACUGACUGUCUGGCCCUCUGUGUACAGUACCCAGGGGUGGGUGGUCUGACUGACUGUCUGGCCCUUUGUGUACAGUACCCAGGGGUGGGUGGUCUGACUGACUGUCUGGCCCUUUGUGUACAGUACCCAGGGGUGGGUGGUCUGACUGACUGUCUGGCCCUUUGUGUACAGUACCCAGGGGUGGGUGGUCUGACUGACUGUCUGGCCCUUUGUGUACAGUACCCAGGGGUGGGUGGUCUGACUGACUGUCUGGCCCUUUGUGUACAGUACCCAGGGGUGGGUGGUCUGACUGACUGUCUGGCCCUUUGUGUACAGUACCCAGGGGUGGGUGGUCUGACUGACUGUCUGGCCCUUUGUGUAUAUUGGGAAGAUUCCCUGAUUGACUGGGUGCUGGUGUGUGUUGUCUGUCCGUGUGACUGUCUGUCUGUCUUUCUUUCUCUCUUACUGCCUCUGGCGACUAUCUACCCCUCUGUUAUAGUGCCUAUGUCUGUGACCCCUCAGGCGAUUCACUUGUCUCUUGUGCCCUGUCCAGAAACAUCCACUAGUCACUUCAUGAAAAGAUCAGAUGGAUAAUAUUAGGGGAUAGGCCUGGGGGAUGUUUCUGGAUGGGGUCUCUGACUCCUGUAUGAGGUCUCUGUUGCAUCUCUGACCACUGUCUGGUGUGGGUCUGUCCCCCUGCAGGCGGUGGAGGAACUGUUCAACCUGAUGCAGCUGUUUGUGGCCCAGAGGUCGGACAUGAGGGAGGAGGAGCUGGAGGACGUCAAGCAGUUUAAGAAGACCACCAUCAGCUGCUACCUUCGCUGCUUGGACGGACGCUCCUGCUGGACCACACUCAUCAGGUAACACAGAGGGGAACAGGCGCGCACACAGAGGGGAACAGGCGCGCACACAGAGGGGAACAGGCGCGCACACAGAGGGGAACAGGCGCGCACACAGAGGGGAACAGGCGCGCACACAGAGGGGAACAGGCGCGCACACAGAGGGGAACAGGCGCGCACACAGAGGGGAACAGGCGCGCACACAGAGGGGAACAGGCGCGCCACACAGAGGGGAACAGGCGCGCACACAGAGGGGAACAUUCGCGCGCACACAGAGGGGAACAGGCGCGCGCACACAGAGGGGAACAGGCGCGCGCACACAGAGGGGAACAGGCGCGCGCACACAGAGGGGAACAGGCGCGCGCACACAGAGGGGAACAGGCGCGCGCACACAGAGGGGAACAGGCGCGCGCACACAGAGGGGAACAGGCGCGCGCACACAGAGGGGAAACAGGCGCGCGCACACAGAGGGGAACAGGCGCGCGCACACAGAGGGGAACAGGCGCGCGCACACAGAGGGGAACAGGCGCGCGCACAACAGAGGGGAACAGGCGCGCGCACACAGAGGGGAACAGGCGCGCGCACACAGAGGGGAACAGGCGCGCGCACACAGAGGGGAACAGGCGCGCGCACACAGAGGGGAACAGGCGCGCGCACACAGAGGGGAACAGGCGCGCGCACACAGAGGGGAACAGGCGCGCGCACACAGAGGGGAACAGGCGCGCGCACACAGAGGGGAACAGGCGCGCGCACACAGAGGGGAACAGGCGCGCGCACACAGAGGGGAACAGGCGCGCGCACACAGAGGGGAACAGGCGCGCGCACACAGAGGGGAACAGGCGCGCACACAGAGGGGAACAGGCGCGCACACAGAGGGGAACUCACACCUGCAACCAGGGUCAUGUUCAUAAGGCACCAAAUGGAAGGAAACUGACUGAAACAGGGACUACCUGGAAUUGUCCAAUAGAACACAAUAAUUUCUGUUUCGAAACGUUUUAAAACAUUUUCCGUUGCAUGCCCUAAUGAACACGGCCCAGAUACAAAGCAUCUGCAUAGUUUUAAAAUAUGAACACACGGCAACUUAACCAGAGAAAUGUCUGAUGCCUUUUAGAGAAUCAUAUGGGCAAUGUCUUACUUUUGAAAUGAAUGAUAUGUGAAAUAUAGUCAUGUCUAUUAUAUAAUAGAACUGUGUUUUGUGUCCUCCUUCCCAGUGCCUUCCGUGUGUUAUUGGAGAACGAUGAGGACAGACUACUGGUGGUCUUCAACAGAGGACUCAUCCUCAUGACAGAGGUAUGACAAGACAUGCUACUCACAUUUACUAAUGAUGGUUAUUAGGCUUAUAUUGAACCAUUUAUACAUUGCAUUGUUUCACUGGCUCCUAUGUGAAUAUCAUUUUAAGUUUGUUUUAGGAAAGUGGGGUUGGGGGUAGACUCGUGUUGCCACGUUUUCAAGUCUCGUUCAUCACUCUGCGUUUUAAUGUAGUUUAUUCUGUAUCCAAUAUAAGAAAUGUUAUAUAUUUUUUUAAGUUUCACAAUCUAAAGGGUGUCCAUAGAGGUUUAUCAUGACAUAGCUGUUACAUAAAUCAUUACCGGUCAUUUGACAUGCCCCUCCCUCUCUCUCCAUCCUGCAGUCAUUCAACACCCUGCACAUGAUGUUGGUAGUUUGUGAUGAAGUUUCUUCAUUGUGAACUGUAUCCAGUAAAAUAUUAUUAUUUAACUGUAAAUUGUAGGAAAGUUAAGUGUCAAUGUAGGUUUAAUUUCUUAGGCCAAGGGUUCUAGCAUAAACCGUUGCCUGUCAUUUGACGUGCCCCUCUCUCGCUCUCUCUCUCUCUGCUUCCUGCAGUCGUUCAACACCCUGCACAUGAUGUACCACGAGGCCACGGCGUGUCAUGUGACGGGGGACCUGGUGGAGCUGCUGUCCAUCUUCCUGUCGGUGCUCAAGGCCACGCGGCCCUAUCUGCAGCGCAAAGGUCAGCAAAAAUACCCUCACUCCCCCUCCUCUCUGACCUCCUACCUUGUAGCGAAACCUAAUCUCCAAGUCAAAUGUUCUGUCUCCCAUUGACAUCAAUGCGUGACUAAGUGAACAAGUUAGGAUUCGCCCCCUUGUGAAUAAGCCCUGCGUUCUUUUGACAGAGCCUUACUUUUGUUAACCAGAGCUCAGUUACUUGCCUUUAUUAAGGGACCCUGAUGUAAAGACUCUGUAUAUCCUGUUUUCUUCUCCUAUAGACGUGAAGCAGGCUCUUAUCCAGUGGCAGGAAAGGAUCGACUUUGCCCACAAGCUGCUCACCCUCCUCAACUCCUACAGCCCUCCGGAGCUCCGCAACGCCUGCCUGGGUAACAGCGCACACACACACACACACACACACACACACACACACACACACACACACACACACACACAGUUUGGAUAAUAUUUUACCACAUUUCCCCUCUAAACUAUUCCACAUAGUAUAUGCAAUAGACCUUUGGAACAAUUCCAAACACUCUAGGGAAUAAAACCAGUUCUUGUUGUUGUAUGGUAAUAUGAGAUGUCAUGUCACUAAUAGUUCCUGUGUAUUUCUGUUCCCCCUCCAGAUGUUCUGAAGGAGCUGGUCCUGUUGAGUCCCCAUGACUUCCUGCAUACGCUGGUGCCCUUCCUGCAGCACAACCACUGCACCUACCACCACAGCAACAUCCCCAGUGAGUCUCCCUCAACUGCUACGCUAUACCUCUGUACACUGCACUGGGUUGAUUACUGCAACUAAUAACGUGUCGUAUGUACUGAUGAAAGUUAAUGACGACAAACACAAGCAAUCAUGAAAAUAAUAAUAGUGAUGAAUACUACUACUACACAGUUCACAUAUUAUAUGUAACAGCAUGCUAUCCUAAGGACCCUGGCUCUGUCUGUAGACUCUGGUUCUCCAAGUGCAUGCCAGAGUAACGGGGAGUCUUUGACUGUCCUGUCCUCUCCGUGCCUGAGGCAGUCACUCUACUGUCCUACAGAUAGCUAGAAAGAAACAAAAAAAACAUGGAAUCACUGCCGGCUGAGUCUUUUUGUCCAAAUCUCCCGUUGGCAUAAAUGUUGCUGUAGAUUUGUGUAAGUCCAGGUAGGAUUUGUCCCUCUGUGAUUUGUCUGAAUCUGACUAUCUUUGUACACAGUGUCCUUUGGGCCUUACCUGCCCUGCAGAGAGAACAUCAAGCUGAUGGGAGGCAAGAACAAUAUCAGACCCCCCAGACCUGAACUCAACAUGUGUCUCCUGCCUUCCAUGGUGGAGACCAGCAAGGUGUGUGUCUCUGUAUAAAACCACUGCUUUGUGUCUCAUGUCUCUUGGCCAGUUUGUCGUUUCCUUAAAUACAUAAAGACUAUCUUUGGCACAAAGAUCAUCUUAAGUUUGAUGGUAGGUAAUAGAGAGAACAGUGGUCUUAAUGCUAAAGAUCUUUAUGUUUUUAGGGAAUCUCACCCCAGGUUAUUAUUGUAAGAGAGAUUGUUCUCGAUAGCUUACCUGGCUAAGUAAAGGUUAAUGUAAGAUAAAGACAAUCUGUCCUACCUGUUUAAAAUAAUGAUUGUAGAAGUGGAAAUGGUGCCCAGUAGUGCCACAACUGAAGUUCCCUCUUGGGAAAAUGAAGUUACUCUAUUUAUGUUUCUUCACAAUUCAAGGUCUGUUCAUUCCAUGUGUAUAUUUGCACUAGUGUGGUCUUCUUCCUAUCAUUGAGAAGGAUCAUAAACGGCCACGUCUCUCUCUCUCUCUCUCUCUCAGGGUAAAGAUGAGGUGUAUGACCGGAUGCUCCUAGACUACUUCCUCUCCUACCACCAGUUCAUCCACCUGCUGUGUCGAGUCGCCAUCAACUGCGAGAAGUUCACCGAGACCCUUGUCAAACUAAGUAAGUGGGGGUUUAUAUGUGUGUUUGUAUUGAUGUAGUUCUAAUGCUACUAUAUCUAAUGACUAAAGAGGGCUGUGCUGUGUGGUUGUGUCUGUAUCUGGUGGGUCUCCAAUGUGACCAUAUCUGUCUGACUCCAGGUGUCCUGAUAGCGUACGAGGGCUUGCCUCUGCACUUGGCCCUCUUCCCCAAGCUGUGGACGGAGCUUUGCCAGUCUCAGGUAAAUAACACACACUUACACACACACUUAAACACUCACUCAAAUACACAGUCACGCGCACUCACACAAAGUACUCAGACACAUAUGCAUUAUAUUUCUCUCACUUACAAACACACUUAACACACAUCACAAUAUACAAACACACUUUACCGUACAUUGUCACUGACAUCUCCUAUGCUGUUCUGUAGUCGGCCCUUGCUAAGACGUGUGUGAAGCUUCUGUGCGAGGACCCGGCAUUCGGCGAGUACAUCAAGUGCAUCCUGAUGGACGAGAGGACCUUUCUCAACAACAACAUGGCCUACUCCUUCCUCACCUGCUUCCUGCACAAGGUAGCCAUCUCUAACAUCCGUUUAUUUCAACGUUGACCGCCUCUGCUUUAGCCUGUUUAUAGCCUGUAAUGUCAUUUAUGCAUCCAAUGACGACAUGCAACCCUUUACCAAGGUUGGUUUUGCUAAGUCCAUGCUAGCCUGAGUCCCAGAUCUGUUUUGCCGUCUUGUAACCGCAAUGAUGUUGGCAAGACUGCAUAAUCUGAUCUGGCACUCAGGCUAACCGCUUGCUACUUUAAAUACCAAGUUGAUGGGCCUUGCGAGUGCAUGACCGUAAGUGUGUGUCAUCUCUCAGGUCCAGAGCCAGGUGCUGUCGGGCCCCAGCUGCGCCAACCUGAUCAGUCUGCUGGUGACCAACCUGCUGAACGAGUACCACAGCCUACAGCCCGAGCUGGCCUCGCACCGCCUGGAGCUGAGCAAGACCAGCGGCCUCCUCAACGCUGUCAGUACCCCUUAUUCACAUUCUGUUAAUACACUAUUCAUGCCUUAUUCACAUUCUGUUAAUACACUAGUCAUGCCUUAUUCACAUUCUGUUAAUACACUAUUCAUGCCUUAUUCACAUUCUGUUAAUACACUAGUCAUGCCUUAUUCACAUUCUGUUAAUACACUAGUCAUGCCUUAUUCACAUUCUGUUAAUACACUAUUCAUGCCUUAUUCACAUUCUGUUAAUACACUACUCAUGCCUUAUUCACAUUCUGUUAAUACACUAGUCAUGCCUUAUUCACAUUCUGUUAAUACACUAGUCAUGCCUUAUUCACAUUCUGUUGAUACACUAGUCAUGCCUUAUUCACAUUCUGUUAAUACACUGUUCAUGCCUUAUUCACAUUCUGUUAAUACACUAUUCAUGCCUUAUUCACAUUCUGUUGAUACACUAUUCAUGCCUUAUUCACAUUCUGUUAAUACACUGUUCAUGCCUUAUUCACAUUCUGUUAAUACACUGUUCAUGCCUUAUUCACAUUCUGUUGAUACACUAUUCAUGCCUUAUUCACAUUCUGUUAAUACACUGUUCAUGCCUUAUUCACAUUCUGUUAAUACACUGUUCAUGCCUUAUUCACAUUCUGUUAAAACACUGUUCUUGCCUUAUUCACAUUCUGUUAAAACACUGUUCAUGCCUUAUUCACAUUCUGUUAAUACUCUGUUCAUACCUUAUUCACAUGCUAUUCAUCCCUUUUUCAUAUUCUGUUUCAUGCUCUACUCAGGCCUUAUUCAUGCACUAUUCAUGCUUUACUCGUUAAUUCCAAUGUCAUGCCUUACUAGAUUGUCAUUCCCUGUUCAAAUCCUAUUCUCUACUAGAUAAUCACAAAUCUUCUGUCCCUCUCCCUCCCUCUCUUUAGGACCUGCGAGCGUUGGCGUUGAUGUUGUCCAUACACACCCCCCAGGCGUUGGACCCGGCUCUGGGCCCGGCCCUGCAGGAGUUGCUGUCCAAGUGUAGCGGCUGUGUGCAGCAACGCAGCACGCUCCAACAGGAGGCCAAGGACCGCAAGGCCAAAGGUACUAUACACGCAUGCAUACAGUAUCCUGUCACAAACAUUGAUGAAAGAAUUGAAAUGCAUUGGUGGUAGUCAAAUGUCCCUUUCAGCAUAUUGUCACAUAAUAGUGUAAGCAGAGAACAGGGUUGGACUCUGUAUCAUUUAAACUCGUUGGGAAAUGAUAGUAGUACCUGUACACAGAUGUGAAGGUUAAUCACCUGAGUUUCUUCUGUCUCUCAGCGGAGGAGGAGGGCGCCACCCCAGUGAAGCGCCGGCGGAUGAGUAGCGACGACGGCCCCGGGGAGGGCACCAGCGCUGGCACCAGCACCGGGGGUGUGACCAAAUCCGGACCCACCUGCGCCGCCUCCACCUCCUCCUCCCUCCCCCCAUGUGUCGAGCUGAAGCCGGAGCACCAGGAGGCGCUGACUCCCACCAGCACCUCAGACACAGAGACGCGGGACUCCUCGUCCCUCAUCGACCCAGGAACCGAGCACGACCUGCCCUCACCAGAUCCUACCGCUGCCACCAGUUGCAGCCAACCCGCCGGGGACACCUCCCCCAAGGAGGAGAAGAUGGAGGCUUCCUCUUCCUCGUCUUCCUCAUCAUCAUCCUCUUCCUCCCUCCCAGAGACAGGGGAGUUGUCGUACGGCGGCAGCGGACAGGGAGGGGAGGAGCCGCAGUCUUCUCAGACUCAGCAGGCAGCCAUGGCAGGAGCGGAGGAGGAAGAGAGGAGGAGGGAAGCAACGGCGGCAAUGGAUGAGACAGAGGAGAGGGAGAUGGGCUCUAAGACUUGUGGAGGCUCUGCCGCCCUGGCCUCGGAGGACCUGGCCUUCCCAUCUGCCCUGGGGCUGGCAGGAGAGGGGCCAGAGGUCCCAGGGUGCAGUAGCCACGCCCCCUCGCAGGCUCUGAUAAACUCGGCCCCUCCUCCGGACACGCUGGAAAUGCUCUACAGGACAGUGGAGGCCACUAUCGCUGUGGUUACAAAACUAUCUGGGAAAGGGCCCUGCCCCGCCUCCUCG